AUGUGGGAGGUAGGAGCUGCGAGGCUGGCGGAGAGCGCUGCUGCUGCUGCUGCGAACUGGAAACUACUGAAUGGGAAUCUAUCCGGCAACUUCAGCAGCAGACCGCUGUUACACGGCGACACGGGGGAUCUGCGUAAAACCAAGCGGCGCGUCUCCAAGUCUGGUUCAGCCCCAAUCACAGACGAAGGAGACGCUCAAGUUGGAUCGGGCGUACAGCUUCUCACUUGUUACUGGCGCUCGGCUCCCACUACCAUGCCUGCCAUCAAAAAGGAGAGGCUGGAUGGAGACGACAUGGCAUUGACUGCGUUCAACCAGUCCGAAUACCUGGCCCCUUUAAAUGCCACCGCCAUCCCCGUGGUGACCCCGCAUCCGCCGCCCUACGACCACAUUUUCGCCCAUCACCGCGCGUACUUGGGGCUCCACGAAUCGGCGCUGCAUCACCAGCACCUCCACCAUCACACGGACGACUUAAUGCUGGAGAGGUUCUCCUCCAUCCCUGACUUUCAGCCUUUCUUCGACAACGGGGAGCCGUGCAUCGAGGUGGAGUGCGGGGAAAACAAGGCUUUGCUUUAUAUCAAUAAACUGUGUCAAGGUAGCAAGGGACCCUCAAUUAAAUACAGGGGCGAGUGGCUCACCCCCAACGAGUUCCAGUUUGUCAGUGGACGAGAGACUGCCAAAGAUUGGAAACGGAGUAUUAGACACAAAGGUAAGAACAACCUGCUCUGUCCUCGCGGGGACACAUCAUCAUCAUCACGAGACAAAUACUUUUUAGACGCCGCUCAUUCUCGGUACAAACUUAGUGUGGUGGUUCGAUGCUGAGUUUUGGAGUGAAAGGGUUACAGCAGUCAGUGCGUAAGGAGACAGAUGAGAAAAGGCGCAGAUCCUCCACGCACCCACCGAGGCUUUGACACAGAGUUUGGGCUGCGGUCCUACACUGAACCGGGGCAUCUGGAGCGGACUGCACCGGAGCUGAGGUGACAAGUUAGACCUGUAGCCGCUUUAAUUUGAUACCUUGAAAGAUAUUUAUCCCCUUAUCAUGUGCAAUCGAUCAGAAAAGCACUUGUGCAUGGGUGUUAACACUUUUACGCACCGUGUGUUCGGUUCAGGGUUUUUUAGGGUAGUACUUAAUUUUUCUAGUCCAGUGUCACAGCUUGUGUAAUAUGUGAUCAACUUGCAACCAAUUAAGAAUAUAUAUGUCGAACUCACUAUAAAUAGUUCAGCAUGCGUGCAUUUGGUCGCUGCUAUGAGACUGUGUUGGCAACCUCGGCAGCAUCACUGCUGUUGUUCCAUUCCGAUAUUUUUUACGCCGACAUUUAUAGAACUGUAUUUCUAUGCAAUAAUUAGGCAUAGCGCGCACCCCCUCACCACACACAUUCACGCACACACGUACACACACACACACACAAGGUUACUCAUGCAGAACUGACACGCGUUAAGAUGUGUUGGGGGAGAGUGUCGCCCCCGGGUCAAAAAUGGAAGCCUAAUAGUUUAAUACACCGAUUCUUAUAGACAGAUGACAGUAGGCUGCUGUCUCUCAUGCUCACCACACUGCAUGCUUUGAGCUCGAUGUUAUUUUGAGAGAUAUAUGAAGUUUGUCUGCAGUGACAGACCCCCUCAGAAAACACAGGGGUUACUUAAAUAAUCUGUAACAAGAUUUGACUUUAAAAUCUGGAGAUCUGAUGUGAUGGACAGAAAAGUCAAGAACCCACUCUCAAACAGGUAGCUCACGAUAAUUUAUCUCAUGCUGUGUCAUGGAGGCAGUGAGGACUCUGACUGCAGACUGUUGUUGGUAGUUUUCACUCAGUGUUUGUCAUUUGUUUUUCAGGGAAAAGUCUGAAGACUCUGAUGUCCAAAGGAAUCUUACAGGUGCACCCUCCAAUCUGUGACUGUCCUGGUUGUCGAAUCUCAUCUCCAGUGGUGAGAAUAUUUGAUCCCCAUUACUCUUUGUGUGUGUGUGUAUGUGUGUGUGUGUCUGUGUUAGAGAUAGGUUUGGCUUGUUUUCGUGGAAAACGUCUUUACAGUAUUUAGCUUUAAGGGUUAACAGUGUUGUGUUGAUCUCUGUGGUGUUCAGGAUUCACCUCAUUUGUUUCAAUACGUCAAAGAGCAAAAUGAUACAGACUGAGCUUAAUUAUAGCAACAAGUAUUACAGUAAAAAUGCUUUACCCUGUGUUAGUUAUUGUUGGUUUAUUUUACAGUAAAGUACUGUGAAAGUUUGGAUUUUCUGUCAGUCAAUUUAAAGAUGAAUGCCUUUUCUCGCUGUCAUGAAGAACGGUCACACACACACAUAUAUAUAUAUUUUUAAAACUUUUAUUUUGUCUUUAUCUUGUCUUUUGUCUGAAAAUUUCCCUUAAAUUACUCUUUGUGCUAAUUAAAAAUGUGUUUAGCUUCUACAUGUAGUUUCUCUUCAUAGACUGUUUUUGCUCACUUGAUAAACUUAUGCUUUUGUUGGUUUGUUGAGCAGCUCUUCAUGAAAACGUGUGUGUGUGUGAGAGAGAGGGUGUCUACUGGAGCAUUGUCUCUCUGUAACCUUGAUAGUUGACGACCCCACAGGCACACAUGUCAUCUUUGAUGGUAAUUUCUCUCAGCAUGAAUAUCAAAUCCACUUUCAGCCUUUCACUGACACAGAGUAUCAGGCAGCCUUUUGUUCAGAGGCAUUGAGCGGUCCAGUCUGUCUGUUUGACGCUGUGUGUCGUUGCUCUGGCUCCUCUGUCCCAUUGAAUCAGUUUCCUCACCUGGCUGUUGAACUUUUGUUUGCCUGGUGCUUCCCUCAGGGCUCGGCUGGGGGCAUGAUGCCAAACCUUCAGGCUGUGCAGGUGUGUCACGAUUACAGCAUCACCAACUCCUGUAUGUGUGUGUCUGUGUGUGUGUGAAUGAGUGUCAGCUUUGAGCAAGCACACUGCCGGCUCACCGUCGCCAAAUCUGUUCACACAGGUGCGGCGGGUUGUGAGUGUGUGUAUGUCGUGUGUGUCUUUGAGUGUGUGUGUGUUUUUAUCACCACGAAGCGCAUCUGUCGUCGCUCCCCAGCACUAAUCUUGAGGGAAGGGUGUAAGAGGCUUAGCGAGCUACUGAGCGUGGCUACUGCUGAUUAUUGUGUGUGAGGCACGCAAGGCAAAGGCGGUUUAGAUAAGCCGGAGGUGUUUGAGUGAUACAGGUAAACUGGUGACAUUUUUCACAGCCAAGAAUGAAGACCUGCACCUUACCACUGAGGGUUCAGCCAAAGCGAAUUACCUGAGAAAGGCCAAAGGGAGGGGGAAGAGACAGGAGAAAUGCCCAGCUGUAAUUUUUUUACUGAAGGAUUCAAAGACUCUCAGCGUGUUUGGUUAUGUUUAGGCUUAUUACAGAUAUCGCAGUGAUUGGCUUUUGGCUUGCCAGGGCCUGUACGGUUCCACAUCAAUUACAUCUGUGACGGAGUACAACUUUGUUAUUGACGUAAGCAAGGAUAUGAGAGCCUUAAGGUUGUUGUUGUAGACUACUCGCCCUCUCUUCCUUUCCUUGUCUGGUGGUGAAGCCUGAAGUCUAACCCAACAAGUGAAUACCACCGUGACGCUUUGGCACACACAUCCGCACACACACUCACACGCACACAGUCACACACACACACACUCAUAUACUGAGUAAGUUGGCAGUUCAUUGCGAGGCGGUGAGGGUUAGGCGGAGGAGGGAAGGCAGCGGGACUUGUAUGGCCUGUACUGGCGUCUCCCUCUCUCCCCACUGACUCCCCUCAGGGCAUGGCAGCCUGCACUCCCUCACUGAUGAGCUCUCUCUCUCGCUCUCUCUCUUUCUCUCCCUCUCUCUCUAAGGCACACACAUACACGCACACAAACUAUAUGCCUGCCUACUGACACAAAUUACCUCAUGCAGUCAUUUAUUUUGAAAGUUUGACGGCUGAACUUUGAGUGAUCUUGUUUCGCUAUAGGCAUGAGGCAAGCGAUCAUAAAAAAGUGCAGCAGCUGGUGGGAAGACUUUUCACCUGCCUGCUCAGAACUCGUGGAAGUUAAUUUGCUGUGUCGGCCUGGGCACAAGCUGUUCAUAACAACACGACACAAACUGAACUGCGCCACACUCAACACUUUUGGAUUAAAUUGUGCAAAUGAAGUUGAUUAUCUGCACUCCUUAAUAGAAGGAUCAUGAUUGAGGUGUGUUUGUUAACUAGCUGUCAGAGCUUUUUGUCGAGCUUGUCAUCUGAUCAGGUGUCAGAUGAUUUCAUACUCUCUCUUGUUUGGAAGGGUGUACCCCUGAAGUGGUUAGUUGCUGCCUCCUCUCUGUGUUUGGAACUGUAUGUAAUAGUUUCGCAUGUAUACAGUGUAACACAUAGUACUGCAUGUUGAUCUUUAUUCUUAGCUCUGUAUGUUUGUGUUCCUGUCUGUGCAAGUGUUUGUUUGUGGCUGCGUCUUUAUCCCUGCAUUUCUGAUUAUUUGCACACCCGCUUUUGCUGGCUGACUCGCCUGCUUGCUGUGUGUGCAUGUGUGCGUUUGUGCGUGCAUGCGUGUGUGUGUGUCUCCUCCUGGGAGAGCAGGGCUUCCUCUGCUCUGUUAUUUCAGCGGAACUGGCGGAGGCCGGGAGGAAAUUACACUCCCCUCCUCCGGCUCGUAAAGACCUCCUCCAAUCAAGGGCUCCUCCAGCAAAGUUGAAUUAAAUACACACUCAUACACUCACACGCACAUGCAAACACAGACAUGCACACUUUUGCCCAUAACUUUAAGUGUAUUCUCAUUACAUUUUCAUAAUGCCAUUUCCAAUCGGGUUAAUGGGGAAGAUAAUUAAAAUUAAGGCGCACCAUAUUGAGUGAAAUAACAAAAGUUAAGCUGUUAUGAGUGAAGUCAUAUUCAUAGAUCAGCCACCCACUGUACAUGUCUUCUGUCAUCUAUGUUGUGUUUUGUGUAUUUGUGCGUUUUGUGCUCGCAAGUUGCUUAGGCUGUGUUGCUAUGGUAACAAGAGAAGCACUCAUUGGCCCAGAAGUGUGCAAAAUAGUUGUCUUGAGUAUAUUUGUGUAGUUUUGUGUGCAUCCUGCUCUAUGCUUCAGUCAACUUAUACAUAAAGUAAGAUCAUAACAGUUCACACAUUUAAACACAGCAACAGUCCUACACACUCAUCUAAAAAUGACUUCCAUAGGACUUUUUCAUUUUCUAUUUUUUUUCUCCAAGGAGAUUAGUAAGAGACUCGUGAUUACGAGAAAGCUGAUUUUGUGGGUUUGUAUUCUGUGAGGAUGUCUUUUAAGGCCUGUACACAUUUGAACAUAGAAUGAAUGGAUGUAGUCUAUGUGUGUUAACAGGCAGCUAAAAUAAGUCAGGUCAUCUGUCUCUUAGCCAAAUGUGGUUUAUCAUGACAAGCCAACACGGAUAUUUCUGAGAACCCCCCUCCCAACAUCUGUUUGUAUCCAUGUGUGCACUUCGGUGUGUUUGUGAUUGUUAUUUGCCACAUGAUUUCCUCUGAUAGUUGUGGGCUCACUAUCGCAUCAGGCCUUUGCAGAUAGCACUUGGACUAUCAUCCUCCCAUCAAAGCACUCAAACCGGCUCCUAUAUGCUCCACACAUACACAAGAGUGCUAGAAAAUAAAAUUCAACAAAACUCAAUUAUUUAUUUUAAAUGCUUUUAUUUUGCUACAAAGCCAUUAUGUAUAUAUCUAAAGGUAUGUCAAAUGUAGGUCAAGUUUUAUUUGGUCUGCAUGUGAGUCACAUAAGUUUAUCGUGGUUGUCCCCCUACAACAAGUGCAGCAGGACUUGAACUCACCUCAACAAAAAGAUGUUCAAACUACAGUGAGGUGUAGAGUUAAUAUUGUAUCAUUGUACUUUAUUAAUUGUCCCAAAGUCCUAGUGUAUUUAAUGAUUGUACCUAAAGUACAUUUAACCUCACAUGAGAUUGUUUGGAUCACAUCUAUUCUUGCUGUCACACUCAUAAGAGAAAAUCACCAGAGUUAACCAACCUAUACCAGUAUCUACCACUGUGUUGGUGUGUGUGUGGUGGUGGGUGUGGGGGCUUGUUACCUGUGCAUAAAGCUCCCCUGCUGCAACCUUGGUGGGCCUAUCCAAACAGAGAGAGAGAGAGAGAGAGAGAAAGAGAGAGAAAGAAGAAGUAGAAAAAGGAACUAGAGGGAAAGCAGACUGCGAGAGGUGCACUGGCACGCUUGACUGCACUGCCACUGACCUCCCAGCGCCGCCCCAGCAGCCCCUCCUCCCGCCACCACCACCUCACCGCCUCUUGCCCUCUGUGCACCUCCCCCCCUUCCCCCUACUGCUUCCCCCAUCUCCCUCCCCUUGCCCUGUGCCGCUCCACUGGGCUGCAACUGCCCGCUCAACUCAGCGCGUGGGGGCUGAGGGUGCAGGAGAGCAUAAGUGUGUGUGUGUAUGUGUGUGUCUGUGGGAGGGCGGGGCAUGUGUGUGUGGGGGGUACUUGGUCGCAUGCCUAUCAGCCCUACAGUGCUUUUCUCACUUUUUUUCUCUUUCUCUCACAUGGACUUGAACAACCAAGUGUUUCCUAGAGUCUGUAGAUGAACCACAUACACACAGACGCAUAUCAGCACAAAGUUCUCAAUCUCAGAUGAAUUUGAUUACAGAUUUUAAGGUAUUUCAGAAGUUGACCGCAAUAUCAACCUUAAAGGGAAUCUCUACAAUACCUUAGUCUAAUGACUUCCUGUUUCUAAGACUAACCGGAAACUCCAUAAGGAUGUAGUGAAAAUGUAAAGCUAAGUCAAUAGUGCAGACUUCGUUGGUCACGCCACACCUGUUGAAAAAGAAUAACUGUAAUUUAUUCUAAAAUGCGGCACAUAACAGCUUUGAGUGAACAAGGUGCCAGGAAAAUGUUUGGAGAUACUAAAAGUAGAGAUGCUCAGUAUUAGAUUUUUUGAACAAUUAUACUGAUUACCCCCCCAAAAAAAUAGUUCUGACUCUGUUUUUGCUUUAUUCCCGGGAGCAAGAGCACUUUUGGGCAUGUAUUAAUGUAUUUUUCACGUUUAAUUUUUUCAUCCAGCCUCUAGGGCGUCUAAACUAAACAUUUACUUGACUACCAUCGAAGUUUAUGGGCCCUUAUCAUACACCUGUUGCAAACCAUUAUGGAAUGCAGCCUAAGUGCCAUUGUUCUUUUCAAUCUGUCAAUUUUAGGCCCAGCACCUACAGUGUGGUCAGGGUCAAAGGUGGCACUUUACAGUACUUCCCUGGUUAGUAGAUGGCGUGUUCAUGAGAUAGUAAGACGAGCAGGAGUUCACAUCAGGUAUUCUGUCUGCAAACAGAGACAUGCAGCAAUGCUCUCUCUCAUGAUGAAAUAUCAGCGUUUUUGCUGCUCAACCAUAAUUGAGUUUCCAAUUGGGGAAGAAAAACUGGAGAUGAAGUCUUAUUUCCCGCAUCUCCAAAUAUUAUGAUUCUGCUUUUUGGACGAGGCUGAUCUAAGAAUGCAAAAAGACAAGGACACCAUCACCAUUAUCUCUCCAGGUCAAGAUUCUUCUGCGAGUUGAUGGCGACUCAGGAUGCUGUUCUUAAUACAUUAGCUAGAUUAGGUAGUCCUUUAACUGAAAAAAAAAGGUCUCAGGUAUACGUUCUGCAGUUCUCAGAUUUGUAUUUUUUCAGUAAGUCUUUUAACUUUUUGCCUCCUCAGAAUAACUGGUACACGUAUGAACUGGGCAGCAUGUUAAUAAGUAAAUGAAGGUAACUUUUGUUUGUUGUUUUUUAUUAUAUGAACUUAAGUGCAUAUUGGUACGGAAAUGGAAAAUGCUAUCAGACAAUUUAAAACUACCCAGUGCUUUUGUGACCUGUGUAGUUUUAAGGGUGUCUACCCGUUUCUUUUUUUUUUCAUUGGUUUGAUGCAGAACAUACAGAAGAGAGGUCACAGAGUACAGUGGAUGCAAAUUGGCAUUUUUAUUGACAAAGAUUCCAUAGUUAAAACUGAUAUUAAAUUGAUAUUAAAACCUCAUCUUGAUAAGAGGGUGUCUUCCCUCCAUAUACGAAUCCUAGAGAAACCUAAUCCUGGCCAUCAAACCCAUCAUGUUUACUUUCUUAUUGGGUUACUGAAAUCUGGUUACUGUGAACCAUGUCAACAUUUGAUCAAUCUAUUACUUAAACCAGAUUAUUCACAGCACAGGUCACAGGUCAUGGCAUGGUCAAACUAAGGGAACUAUUUGAUAAAACUGACAGAUGUGUAGAUUAUCACUGUCAAUCAAUGCACCUGAGAAAAUGCCACGGCAGUCUUUCAUGCCACUGAGUCAGAGAUAUGAAGGUGUAUCACAAGAGACGAAGAUUUAAUGUUUUGUAUUUUAUGAUGAACUGGAUCUCAAGCUCACACAAACAGACGGCAGACACGUUGUUUGUUAUAGGCUUGUUGCAGAGCUCAGUAAUGACCGCUUCAACCCCCUCUUCCACUCCCUUCGCUCGUUUUUUAUUCCUCUCCCCUUCUCUGUCGUCCCCUCAUUCUCCCUCCCCCUUUCCCCUGGUGCUCGCGCCAAGUCGGCCCGCCAUCCCGCCUCCACACAUACGCACACACCCAUACACACACACACGCUGCGAGGUAACGGCAGACAGGCGCGUGACUCAUUAGGCAUUCGUCCCCCAGGGAGAUCGCUGGGGGGGCGCGUGCGAGGGAGAGAGAGCGCCGCAGCUGCAGGAAUGUCACGGGCGGCUACCGCUGCGUGUGCUUGUGUGUCUCGUCUCUGUGUAUAUGUAUGUGUGGGUGUGUGCUCACUAAUGCUGUUUGGAGCCAGCGGCAGGGCACUGCACCUUUCAGGAAAUAACGCAAGGAGAAAGAAAAAAUGCUCUCAUUAGUCCUCUUUUCCACCAAGAGCUUAUUUAAGAGUCUGAAUUUAAUUUUUACUGAAAACAUUAGACAGCCUGAUCAUUUAUGCGUGGAUUCCGUUCCUUUUACUCUUCAGUGAUGAACUGUGAUAUUACCAUUGGUCAUUUUUCAUUCUACAAGAAAUUAGUUGCUUUGUUGCGGUUUUUCUGUUUGUUGUCUGAUUUGUAUUAACCAUUCACAUAUCAGUAGUCUUAUUUGUAUGCAGGAUACGGUCUGUAUCGAGAGCAAAAGCGAGCAGAGGGCAAUCCAUUGUAAUCCCAUUGGCAGUAAUUUGACGAUGAUUAAUUUACCUCAUGAGAGAGUAGCUAAUAAACUUGAAAGUGUUCUUGAGCAUAUAUUUAAACUUGAGUGUCAUAUCUGCUUGACGCUAUGGGCAAAAGUCAAUCAGUGUUGAGUUUUCCAAACAUCCUGUAACACAUCUGAAAUGAUUGAUCCAGUAUGUGCUGAGAAAUUUAUUUUUACUUUUUAUGAAUCUGAAUGACGUUCUUACUUUAGCUAAACUGUUAAUUGCAAGUAGAUUAUAAGAAAAUUAUUUUCUUGUUACUUUUCACUGCUGAAAGUAAGCUAGCCUGAAGUCUCUGUGAACUCAGACUAUUUCUUCAAGUUAUGGUUUUUCUUUUUGGGGGGUAUGUAUUUUGGUUUUGUGUAUUUUGCCUCUAUUAGACAGGACAACUGAUAAGGCACAGGAAAUAUAGGGAAAUAAGACUGGGGGGACAACAUGCUACAAGGGGUUGUGGCUAGGAGUGACCGCUGUGACAUGGAUUAUAGCCUCUGUACAUUCGGGGGCAUGCUCAUAUCACUUGGCCAACCAGCACCCUGGUCUGAGGCCUACUUGAACAGAUGAUCAGACAGUACUCCUGUGGUUGUAAUGAACCAAAAAUGACCCUUGUUGCAUUGCAGAUGUCAACACUGUAUGGUAUGGACAGAUUUGGCUGAAUGUUUUACUGCUAACCUGUAGCUGCAUUGGUGUUACCUGUUUUCCUGAGAGUGGAACAAAGGUAAAUUUGGGUAUAUGAUCUUUGACACAAAUGGAUCACAUGACUGAGUCAUUCAGUCUGAAGGUCAAGCUUUUUAGUGUAACCCCAGUGAUUUAUGGAAAUAUAAAUAUGAAUGAUUCUGAAUUGUGUGUUAUUUUAGGGAUAUUUUGGGGUUUGUCAUGUGCUGGUAACUGUCUUUCUCUUGUGUUAUAAGUUUGUCAGCGUGUCCUUAUGUCCUUGUGCAUUUGGGUCUUUCUCCUGUGUCUAAAUGUGAAGCCCAGAUCUAAUUUUUGGCUGCCUGACUGUCAGACAGAAAGCGUGGGAGGCGAUAUUCAUAGAGGUGCUUUUAACGGGACUUUUAUGAGAGACUUUUUUCCAUGGCUGAAAGGAGGUUGACCACACACAGUAAGGUUGCCUCAGCUCCGUGCAGACGCGUGUGUGUUUGAGCGUGCGUGUACGAGCACUCAGGCGCCCUUCCUUUGAGCGCUUCUACGUGGGCUGCCAGGGGUGUGUUUUGCUUCGUGUUUUGUUUCGGAGAGCCCUCCCCCGUGCUGCGGAAGUGUUGCCGGAAGCAGUGGGAGCUCACCCCCAGUUCUGCGUCAGUGCCACUAAAGAAAGGAUCGGGGCUUUCCGGGAGGAGAGAGAGAGAGGAGGGAGGAAGGGGGGGUUGACGGGGGCUGUCAGCCUGGGUAUGUCACGGCCAUGUGGGUGGUUGUCUACACGCUCACACACACACACACACACACACAUAUACACACACAAACGCACACACAGUCACGACUGAUUUUCGACCAACUAUUUCUGUAUUAACUAUAUUUCUGGAACACUCAGAGUGAAAUCCCCUGCUUUUGUGGAAGCCGGGGAUUUCAGGUGUGUGCGUGUUCGAGCCUGCGCGUGUGAGGGUGUGUGGGGGGGUAUACAUGUGUAAUACCGUGUUUUCCUCGAAAACAUGAGGACAGUUUUUCAUAGAAACUGAGGCGGAGUAUUUGUACGUAACAGAUGUGCGUGUUUGACAGAUGUGACUGCAGUAACAUCCAGAAAACUGCUGUUCUAUUGCUUUAAGAGAUUUUUACUCUAGUUUCCGUCUGUAACGAGUAGUUGGAGGCUCAGCAGCAACUUCCUACAGCCUUGUAUAUAGGAAGCUGAAGUAUCGAAAAGUGGUCUACUGUCCUCAAAAGCUGGAGCAGAACUUGGAGAAAGCUCCAACUGUAAAGAAGAAAGGAGGAAAAACCUCUUUUCUGGCAUGGCAUGAUAAAAAAGAGAAAGGAGAGAAAUGUGCAGAACUCUGUGGCCUGCUCAUCCUGGGGGAUGUUUUCAUCUUUCUCUGUCUUCCCCCCCUCCCAAACUCUUUUUAAUGUCUGCCAUUUGAGAGACUCCAGAGGGGCUGCACCUGUUUGCCUCUUGGCUAGGAGCCCCCAAAUCCCUCCUCCUGCCCCUGCCUGCCACUCACACUGCCGCGCCUCCUGGGAUGGAAGGAGUGAAGGAAGGAGGGAGUGGUGGAGAGCGGGGUUGCGUGUGGUGGAAGGGAUAGCUGGAGGGCUUGAAGGCGUCCGGGAGUAACAGCAGAGAUGUAGGCAGAGAGAGAGAGAGAGAGAGGGAAGAGAAGGAGGGAGGGAAUUCAGUUUUAAAUCCAAGUCCACUCCACUCUGGACAGACUUUACUUCUGUGGAGCUUUCUCUCUCUCUCAUGUUCUUACUCACCAUAUUCUCUUUCAUUUCUGUUUUUUCUCUCACCUUUCCUCCUCUCUCUCUUGUACUAACCCACAUCUGCUCUCCUUCUCUUCCCUUGCAGUAAACUUUUCUCCUCAGCCUACCCUUCCCCUGCUCUUCUCCAGUUUCCUCCCCCAGCUCAACUUCUCCUACUCUCACCAUGUCCCUCAUCUCCUAUCUCAACUUUUCUCUCGUCUUUUUCUCUCCCCCUCCUCCCCUCUCUCUGUGAUAGGACUGUGUUAAUCUGCACUGACCUCUUCAGGUCACAUUAAAGGUCACCCAGCUUCACUUCCUAACACCCCCAGGGCCACGCGCUCCUCUUUAGCCCUCUUUUUUCUCUGCCUAUUCCUGGCAGCUUUGCGGAAAAAUAAACACUCAGUCAUCAACCAACCUUUUGCCACAUCAGUUUACCUUUAGAUAAGAAAGUUUGAUGAAAAGUAAGACUGAUCAGAUAUAUGGUAUUGGAUGGGUUAUUUUCCAGUAUUACCCCCAGAACUUAAUGACAAAGUACACAAUAAGAAAUCUUUGAGUCUGAGAAAUUUUAAUAAUAUCUUAACCACUAUACUUUGCUUUAACAGCCAUUAGACUAUGACUCUAAGACUAGUUACUGUGAGCGUCCAGUUUAGUUUGAGUGUUUCAUGUGUCUUUUUGGGUCUUUAUGAGAUGUCAGGUCUUUACUGAGUCUUGCAAUCUAACCCCAAGGUACACGUAACUCAAACUGACUCAAAUUUCCUGACUAAAUUUAAAUUAAAUUUGCCAUUAUCUUUCAAUGUGCCCCCUGUUGACUUUAUGAAGUUCUUCUAUGCCAAGAGCUGCCCCUUGUUGUGGAAACAGAUGAUGCUGGAUUAAUUGGGAUGACAGAUUGCUAAAUUUCUACUGCAAAAUAUAAAGAAUUUAAGGCUGAAUUUGUUGUGUAUGUUUACAAUUGAGUGGAAAACUCAUUUUACUGCAAAUUGAAAAUGAGAUAUGAGCCAAAAGUGACUAAAUACAUUUAACUUUUCAGCCUGUAAAUGUUCUUCCUAAAUUUUCUUUCUUGUCCUUGGUGCCUUGUUGUGCAGAACCGUGGGCGCUUGGCUGAGAAACGCACCAUCCCCCUGCCUCCCAACCGGGUUCCCAAGAAGGAGCUGGCCUCCAUCUUCAGCAGUGACGACAGCGAAGGCAGUGAGCGGGCUAGUGGGGAUCAUGCCCACAUCAAACAGGAGGACGAGUUACAUUACAGUAUCAUGAGAAAAAGGUGAGUGCUCUUUGACUUCUGUGGCUGUGACAAAAAUAUACUUAAAUAUUCUGUCCUUUACUGUGUGUGUCUGUUUAUUGACAGUGACACACUCUGUCGUGUUUGCGUAUGCUUUUAUUGUUCCUGAAAAUACAAACAUGAUACGGUGAAUCAUGAUGAGGAAAAUGUCAUGUUAGUCUCUGAGUCACUUUUGUUCAAAGUAUUUCAAAAGAUAACUCCUCCGUUUUGUUUGACUUUAAAUCCCUGCGCAUGUUUCUUGUCAGUUUACCGUUUUCUUUUCAACAACACCUUAGAUGGAUGCGUAGGAUUUUCAUCAAAAGUGAAUUCAGGAUCACCUCUAGGUGUAAAAGGCACAUUUCAAGAUGAGCAGAUGAAGAACAGUGUUUCAGAAUGCACUCCCAGCUGUUUCUUUGGGACGUCUUAUGGAAGAGUGUGUUCUGAGCUUUGAAAGUGUUAAUUGGUUUGUCGGUUUGUUUGUUGCUCCUGCCAAGUCUGACUGUAUCUGUCUUGACUUGAUGUUGAAAGACUGAGUCACCUGAGUAACCACUGUCUGCUUCAUCACAGUGCUGUGCCGUGUCUGGAAACGGUUGGGUCAUAAAACAGCUAAUAUGAAACAUAAUGCUUCAUGUCACGGGACUGAACUACUUUAGUGUUGUUGUAAAGAGUGUUUUAAAAUGGUUACAAGUUCUAUGUAAAAACAGACAUGAAGCAAUUGAUCGUGAACACUAGCAUAAGGAUCCGUACUUUUACUUUACAGGGCAGUAAAAUACGUUACGUUUUGAGGAUUAGUGUUGAGCUAAAACUGAAUACCAUCACAAGUGAUAAGUAUUAGCAAAGACAUUUUUGGAAACCACAGUGGUUUGGUUGUGGGAAAAUACUUAUGUGUUCAUCAUAGACUGUGUAUAGAAUGGACAGCGUCUGCCUCCUCGCUGGGUGAAACCUCCACGAGAACAGCACCCUCUGGUGACGGGCUGCAGUAUAGGUCAUAAUCCUCUCCUCCUCCAGCAAUCCCUAUGGAGUAGUGGCCAAACUUUAGAAAUUAAUUACACAGAAUAUAUUUUUUUCUUCCCCCUGCUUGGGAUGUAGACAUGUUGUUAUUGUAAGACUGGUUUGUGCUCAAGUCCUAUUUUUCCGUGCAGCUCCAUUUUUAAAAGUUAUUAGGGGGUUCAUGUUUUCUAUGAUUGACACUUGAUACAGCCUAUGGGCGUAUGAAGAUUGCAUAGCUCACUCAGGGGAUACACUGUAUGAACUGAUGUUUGCACAAAAAUGGAUAUUAAAGAGUUUUUUGGGGUUUGGGGCAUAUUAUAUCCACAUUGUCAUGCAUUCAAAGGGUUACAGUAAGGUCACUUCGUAAAGAUGAUCUAAAUGGUCUUUUAGGAUAGUAAUGCCCAGCUGAUGAAAGAUAACUUUACUUCUGUCCUCAUUUACAAUCAGUACUCUAUGGAACAAACCAAGUGAAAUAAGCUUCAUGUGGAUCCUUGAUUAGUUGGUAUGUAGAGAUGCAGAUUUGUUUGAUCCAGAAAUCUAACAGGCUUUGAAAUGUUAUAAUGCAGAAGCUGUUCAUUGAUUAACCACAGAAAGUCCCCAGCUGCAUUAUAAGCAGCUUGUGCAACCUCAUUACAGGAGGGGAUGUUUUUCAUGUCUUGAGACUUGCGUGUGACACGGUGGACAGCACGGCAACUGUGAAGCUUUAAAUGGAUCCACUAACCUUGUUUAAGAGGGCUUCCCCUCCCCCUGACACUUGUGCCGCUGGCGUGUUAAGAUGAUAAUGAAUUUAAAGAACACUUAUGACUAAUAUGUCAGGCUUUUACCCUUUGAAAGGCGACGGACUCGCUGGAGCCGCAGCUCCCGGUCUGUCCCGGGCAUCCGUCUCAGGCCUGCUUUAUCCCCCAGUGCAGGCCUGGACGAACGGGAUAAUGGGAUGUCCAAUCACGGAAAUGUGAUUUCCAUUGACCGCAGCUUCGUAAGUGAGUCGUAGAAGGGUCUUAACAAAUUGGAUUUGGCCAAUGGAUGUGAAAAAUACGGGGCCUCUGUAUACAUGUGUGAGUGUAUCUGUGCUGUCUCAUACACACAUCAUCGGGCUGGCAGCAGUACCAUGUCACACCCACUUGAUUGCUGCAACAUGCCUACUGCAAAUACAAUUUAGUCUACCUGGAAACUUUACAGCAGUGUGUGUCUGCUAUUUUAUUCAAACACAUAUUUUUCCUAAACAUGCAGUAAAUAAACUGCAGGUGACAUUUCAUAAAUAGAUACCUUCUUUAUUUGUUGAUCAGUCUAGGCUGACAUCGCUCUGUUAGAUUAUCAUUGGUAUCUUUACGUCAUCUGAUGUUCAUGAUUACACCUUUUAGAUUUUUUAAAACUAGAUUAAUGAUCAUAGAUGUUCAGACAGUCAGUUUUUACUUGGUACUACAUUGAUCUCCUUCAGCUCCUCUUGUAAGCACCAAAAGUCUAUGGAGUGACAGUAGCCAAGCACGUAACAAACCAAACACUGAUUAUGAGAAAAAUGUGUGUGUGGAGGAUUUUUGGGGAAUCAGGAACAAAGUCUUGUGGGGUUCCUGUUAAACACACACACUGUUUCCUCUGUGGGACAGUAUUUCAUCGGUAUCGGUGCUGCAGAUGUUUUUAUCUGACUUGGAUUGGUUAACACUGAUUUAUGGAUUUCAUCUAGAGGUCUAAAUAUUUGAUGGGGGUAACUGAGGAUUUUAGUGAGAAGUCUUACUCAAGGGCAAAGCAAACUCUACCUUAGUGCUUGUUGCAGUUGGCCGUAGAUAACAAAGCUUUGAUUAAAAAGUGCUGACUGAGAGUCUGGGUAAUUACUGGGCAACCACCAUGGAUUUUAUAAGUUACACCCGGCGACGUCUGCCUUUUAGCUUGUGGAAAAAAAUCACCAUAGUCAUUAUUUACAUUAACUAUUAAGGCAGUUUCUCAGUCAAAGGAUAUUUUCUCCUUUGUCAUUCACAAAUAUAAAUACUCCUACAACAAAAGACAAAAACCUAUGUGAGGUAAGACUCAAUAGGUAGAAGACAACUGACCCUCAGAUAAACAGAAGGACAAAUCACACAAAGCUGUGUGGUUCCAUAUUAAUUGUGCAAAUUCAGUCAACAAAGAGGAAAGCUGAGCAGAACAAGCGACAAUUUGCCUUUCUAGCUGCUUAUCUAAUAAGUUUCAGAUAUGUGUAUACAUCUUUAGUAGCAGGGUUUACUACAGCAUAAGUUCUUGUGUGUGUAAUUUUGAUGGAGGUCAUCAAAGGUAGAUACAGUCUCUGUGCCGGUUAGUUCUGGCAGGAGGUUCAGUAUUGGUUUACAUUUGUUAAUAGAGAUGAAUCCCUAAAUCUGUGCCACAGCCAGAAACAGAGGAAGACGCUGACGCUGGAUUAUUUGCUGUCUGCGUAGUGCAUCUGACAUUUUGUCCUCUGUCUUUAUUGAACAACCGUGUCAUUGCCUUAUGCCAGUAAGAGGUCAUGGACAGUGUGAAAUUACGGUAAAACAGCUCUCCCCUAAAGCACUAAUUAGUGAGCUUGGAGGUUUUAUAGCUUUCUAGAGGAGCUUUCUGCUUCAAAAACUUUUGGCAUUGUUUACACCCAUUUGCCAUAGCAACAGAGUCACAGCAACUUAGUCGUUGAGUGGGUGCUGGCCCUUAGCAAGGCAUUUGUUGUUUUCAAAUUAGGAAGCGUUUAGUCUAUUAACUCUGGGUCAUAACACAGGAUCUACAAAAAAUGACCCAUAACUCAGUCUCAGAUUUGAAGCUUGAUAGGAACAUGAACUAUGGAGAAACAAACAUCUCUGUCGUGUUGGGAUGAAGAUAUCCUGAAGAUAUCUUUUUCAAAUGACUCUGAAAGUUGUUUGAGGAUUUCUGUCUGAAUUUUGGAAUUGAAGCAGCAACAAAUUUUGUGCUGUCAGAAAAGGGGACAAAAAAUGUGAGACAGAGAAAAAGCUGGUGGUACAACCAGCAGACUGUUCACGAGAGCCUUUUGCAACAAAGCAGACUUACUGUACUUUCUAUUUCCCUUGUAUUCUUCUUGGCUGGCAUAUCAACCUCAUGUCAGCUUGUACAGCAGAGGAACAACAAGGAGAAGUGAAGCCAGGCUACUUUCACUUAUUUAUGUAUCUAUUUCUGUAUUUAUUCAUCAGACCCUGUGGUUGCAGGGUUCCCAGUUUGCCUUGCAAUCGGACUGUGAGCAGCAUGACAAUUGUUUAUUGCUGCUCAGGGAUCAGACAAAACAUAAAAAUUGCAUGAAACAAAUCCACGCUCCUGUAUUACUCCAAACGUGUCCUAGAUUAUGGAUAUGUCAGAUAAAUGUUGCUCAUUCUUUCCUCGCUCUAUGCCUUGCUUUGCAAUGGUUGUUAAAUGAUGCAUAUUGCCUGGUGGUUUUUGGAUGUUGCUGUGGGCCACCUGUGCAGGCUGGAGUGGACUGGUUGUUGCCUUGAGAGCAGAGGAAGGGUGCACAGUUAAACUAUGAGCACCAGAUGUUACACAGCUCCUGAGACCUGUGCUGGUCGCUCUCUCCUCUCUCUCUUUCUCUCUGCCUCUCCUCCUCCACCUCCACAUCCCUGCUGUCUGUCUGUCAGCACUUUCCCAGUGGUGGUGUGAGACAUGGCGUCAGGGUGCCUAGGCUGCCAGCUUCUGCCAGCUCACACUGUGACCUCCAGCCCAGCCACCUCAGCUGUGCGUGCCAAUGCCACAGCAGGCCACUACUGGGCAUUUAGACUGAGUCGCCUCCCUGUGCCAGGAAAGGUUUUCAUGUGGUGUGUGGACCAUUUUAAAUGGUAAAGCUCAUUGUAAUGCACAACAUCUUCGUAAGAGAAAGUGCCCAAAUGAUGACCAAAUUUUACUAGAAAUCUAGCCCCUUUUCAGCUCUUUUUUUCUGCUUAGAUGUUUGACAAGGAAUACUUCAAACUUCAACUACUGUGAAAACCUACAAAACAAUCACAACAAUGUAUUCUGAGUAGUGGGUACAGUAGACAAUAGUGACAGACAGCGGAGGAAGACUUUGAUAUUAUCAAAGUCUGCAGCAAUAAGAAGAAAAAGUUUUAAGUGAUGAGCUUUGGCAUCAACAGCUUAGCCAGAUUUUUGGACUUUUUUCCUUUCCUGUCAAAUAUUUCCUGGCUUUAAUCAAGAGACUUUCCAUCUUUAGACAGUAUGUUCACAAACUUUAUUCCGUCACUCUAGUUAUAUAAGAUAAAAAGUAGUUUCAAUAGACUCAUCUUAGUUAGCCUGGUGUCUGGGUCAGUGUGUCUGACCUGUGGACGGGAUGAAAGAGUGGUAUUGACAAGUUUGGGGAUGAGCUGAGGAUGAGAUGAUUGUCUCCAGUGUGCACCUGUGUGAUAAGAAGGCAGCUCAUGUCCUUCUUAUCUAUCCGGCGCGACAGCCACAAUAUAACCCCCCUCCAUUUUCUUCAAGGCCUCCGUCUUUCCCACCCAACCUGAGCCUUGGAAGCUCUUUGGGAGCUCCUCAGGGAGUGCUGACUCAGGUGACUGGGUUUUAAAAUCCAUCCCCACCCCCCCACCCCCUCUUCAUCUUCUAGGGCUUGAGUAUGACCUUGCCUCCACCCAUAGAGAGAGAGAGAGAGGGAGGGGAAUAGAGUUGAGGGAGGGUAGAGGUGGGUGGAUAUGAGGCUAGGCCCUCAUUAGCCCAAGACAAGGCGGGACAGCUCAGGAAAAGUGCGCUAAUUACCCCACUAACAAUGUCCUUGCUGUUCAUGGCUUAGAGCGGCCACUUCGCCUCAGGAUAAUAACCCGAUCACCUCUCUGAGAAGUUCAGGAUGGUAUUAUCAUGAUCACUUUAAAUGAUGGACAGAGGGUGGUGUUGUAACCUGGCCUGCAGAUGGAUGGAUUCUGCUGCGGUUUCUCACAGUGGAGCUUGUAACAAAGUGUCUGAGUGUUGUGAUGGAGUCAUUGGAUGGCGCAGUGUAAGCACGGGUUAGAAACUUAGAAACCUCUCCUGCAUCUCAUUUCCUUUUUGGAGAAAACUACUGAGCUCUCUGACACAGAUAGCUACUAAUUUUAGCAGGUUACUCCCUAUAAAAAGAAGUCUAUCAUUAGUAUAAAAAGUUUGCUGUUAGAGUCCAAUCAAAUGUCUCCUUGCUCAGCGACAGGUCCUGACUGUUUUGUCUGAGACCAUUUUCUGAGUCACUGUGACUGAAAGGUGACCGUUGCAGUCAGUACUGCCGGCAUUAGGGCCCUCCUCACUCUCCUCCAUCUUUUCUGUUAGCGUGUGGAAAACAGCAAGGCGACCGACAGCCUGACAUUACAGCAGCAGCCUGUAAUCAUGGGACUGUAAAAACCCAAAUCCAGCAGCCACAAACAGUGUGGCCUCGUCAUAGUGGUGGCAGCUAAGAACCAUUCACCGCCUCUGUCCCAUAAACUGUGCUUGCUGUGUCAUACCAGACCCCCUUCAUAGAUGAUUCUGCUUUCAAUAAAGUUGCCAGUUAAACCCAUAAACAAGAUUCCUGCUGACAUGAGAGGCUGCUGAGACUGUCAAACUGACAUGUCUAAAUAAAAUAUAUUUUCAAGCUGAUUCUGUAUAAAAAGCUACCCAGCUGAGUACUUCUUGUUCUUUUGUUGCUUUUCAACCACGCUCCCAUGCAGCGUAGAGUAUACCAGUCCUCUACCAAUACCUUGACUUUAGGUUUGAAGAAUAUCCAUUCAGCUCCACUCCCACUACACUGUUGGUCCUCGCAUCCCCUACACCCAUUCUGCUCAGCUGCUUCCCUGCUCUCAAACUCUUAAGCACUGAUUUCCCAUCAUUAUGCCGUUUAAUGUGAUCAGGAUGGUAAUCAGAUUGCAAAACGAAAUACCUCAAUGACACAGUUGUUUGUGUCCAGUGGCGUGGGGUGGUUAGACAGGCGGUGCUGGAGCAUUUAGAAGGACAGAGUGGCUCCAACCAAAUCUUGACCUAAUCUCUAAAACCCUCCCACUGCAUCUCCUUUGGGCGCUGAAAGAAAGGGGAAACUUGAGUAACUGUCGGUGAAGUAACAGCGUGAAAACAUUCACAUUCAUUGUCUGUGACUUCACUUAUGAAUGUAUUUGACUUGCUUAAGCCUUUUUAAUUUUGUUUUACACACGUGUUAACAAUCUCUUCAUGUCAUUUCAUUGCUGUGGUCCUUUGAAAAAGCUGUUUGGCCGCCAGAUUUUGAAAUGAGCCUUAAUCAGGUUUUAAGCUGCUGAACUACUUAUGAGUUGUGAAUAUGUUCGUUAAUACAUCUUACCGUGAAAGAUGAGCAGGGAUGAGACCCAAAAGUGCUGGAUGCGGUAGUCUGUCAGAGUGUAUUACACACCUCAGAGCGAAGAGCCAACUGACAGGACAGCCACUUGUAGCUGCUGAGUCUGUAUGGAGGUAUGCAAUUUAGAGGGGACAGUGCUUUCUGGAUAGAGGAUUUGUGUGGUAAGUAGAGUGUGAAAUAGUAUGAAUUCAUGCUCUGAUGCUUUAUCACACACUCGUUUGGAUUGCAUUGUGGAAUUAAGUUUGUUUGGGACUGCUUUUAAAUGUGUUUAUCCUCUUUCCCUGUGGUUGUGUGUGUGUGUGUGUAUGUCUAUUUUCUACAGUCGUGACAGUGACCUCUCUACAAUCAUCUCAAACCUGCACCACACCAGACAGCACGGCAUGCCCGAAGGCCAGUCAGCCUCUGACCACAACAGCAGUUCUGGACACACAGGUAGGACCCCAAGUGAAAAUGUCAGCUGAAGUGUGUGUGUGUGUGUGUGUGUAGACUGAACAAAAUGCUCUAUAUCGUCUUCUUAUCCCUUACAUUUUUUGUCGCCCCUACACUUAUGAUCAAUCCCCCUGAACAUCGACUCCAACAUAUGUAAACGUUCCAUUAUCCAUUAAAUUUGCUUUAAUUUGUGUGAUUGGGGGAGUUUAAUUUAAGCUUAUUACUCAUUCCUGGAGGUCUCUCUCAAGUUGAUUACUUAAUGUUCUUCCCACAUUCUCUUCCGCACUCCAGGAUUUUGUUAAACCCCCUGUUUUAAAUUACCUCUGAAUAAAUAGCUUUGUUUGCCAUUAAUCCAGUUUUAUUUGAGCUAGCCGUGUGUGUCUGUGUGUGUGUAUGUGCGUCUGCUAAGAGCUUUUCUUACAGCUUACAGACAGAGCACAGACAGCGUUUAAUCGCAGCUAUUUGUCAAGGAGCUUGUAUGAGGGUAUUGUGCAGCCAUCAAAGACAUAUGGUUGUUUAACAGCCUCUGUGGAUAUCACUAUUUAGCUAUCUGCCUACUUAACUCGAUGUUUUUGACCUUUUAAAUUGCUUUACUCUACAUGCACUGGUCACCUAAUCACAAACACAUUCACACGCUCAUGGUGCAGGCUGCUUACCUGCUCAUUGGGAUCUAACCUCCAAUUUAAGGUUCAUUAUGAUUUGUGAUUGUAGGCCCUGCAGGAGCUAGAAACUAUUCUGACAGUCCUCCGUAUAAAAGCGGUUCCUAUUGUUGAGGGCAGCUUGAACAAAGAUAACCAAUCACUAUUUUAUGUUAUUGUAAGGUGACCAUACGUCCUCUUUUACCUGGACAUGUCCUCGUUUGGGGGGGCUGUCUGGCCUGCCUGGGGGAGUUUAUAAAAUCCUUCAAAUGUCUGGGGUUUUGUAUGAAAGCCCGUUUCUGAAUAUUUAUACAGCACUAUUACAGACCAUAUUUGUAUGUGACUGAUAAUUUUGUUGAGGAGAAAUGCUUUUGAUGAAUGAAUAUACUGUUUAAAUAUGCAACUCUGUGUAAGUAAUUUUCAGUAUCUCCAAGAGGCCUGGCGAAGUGUGUUUUGGGGAAUUCAGAAUAUGCGUUUAACUGAGUCAGAAGUGUGUAAAAAACACUCGACCCGACCCAUGUAGUGUCCUCUUUUUCAGUAUUCAGAAUAUGGUCACCCUAUGUUAUUGUAUAUUGAACAUCUUACCUACUGUGUGUCCAGUUUUUCUUUAAAAAUGUCAAAAUUGUCAUAAAGAAAUAUUCAUUUUGAGAAUGAAAUUGGCUAAUUUGAAUACUCUAUCAGCAUAAUUACACACAAACACAUGAAUACACACAUGCUCAAUUGUUAGUUAAGACCAUAUCUGUGCUCAUACAUGUUGCCUAGGGUUUGACCCCAUCCCUUCUUAUACCAUUAGAUGGAGGCACAGCAAGUGCUAUAAUCAGCCCAGACCUAACACCUCCAUACCCUCUCUCUAUGCGCUCAUCCCUCUGUCUGCCGGAUUAAUUGUCCAUACGGUGCCUCUGAUAUCAGCCAGGGUGGGUGUAAGGUGGUGGGUAUUAGACUGCUCAACAGCCAGCCCAGCCAAUGUCUUAAACCUUGGUUUGUGACGGAUUUCCACCCAAUACCAACCCUAAUCAGCUGCUUAACUUAGUGGAGAAAUCAGGGCCCUGAGUGGUUAUCUAAAUGGAGAAUGACACAAGGGAAUAGAGGUGGGUGGGUGGCGGGUGAUGGAGGGGGUGAACACUGUGUGGCGUGAACCAGAGGGGGUCCAAAACCCUAAAAAUCUGUCCGUUUGACCAUUAAAGGGAGAUUUAAGAGGCGCUGCCUAAGCAGCUCGCUCCGCGUCUGUAAACAAGUCCAAUCCGAGCCACUGGCUCUAAUUCUGUCUGCCAGUGAAAUUAGACACACACACAUUCACAAACACACAAUUACACACAAAUGACACAUAGUUAUACAAAUGCAUGCCCACACAAAAUCAACACAGGUUGAAAUUUGAGUCCAAAUACAUAGGUGGGUGUAUGAAGUUUUAAAGCAGUGGAUUAUUUGACUUUGAGAUGGAUGAGACGGUAAACACAGCUCACUGUCUAUGAUAUUGUGUUGACUCUGUUCUGUCUGUUAGCUCUCCUAUUUGACUUAUCCUCUAAAAGUGUUUAAAGUCUCUCCGUGAGCUGUGGAAGGGGAGUCUGAAAGUUGGAGGGUAAGGUAGAAGAGAGAUUAAGAAAAGAAGAGGGCAAAAUAUGAGACAGAUGCACUGAUGGGAGAAACAUUUGGACAUAGAGAGACAGAGGAAAGAGAGAUGAAUUAGUGCUGUGGUGGUAUCAGGGGAGGGUAGGCGGCAGCUAUGGCGGCGGACAGCUCUGUGUGUUUGUGUGUGUGUGUGUUUGUGUGUGUGUGUGUAUGUGUGUGUGUGGGUCAGGAGGAAAGAGAAGCAGGCUUGCUGGGUCGUCUCUGUGCCGGAGUGGGCCGUUAAUUAAAUCUGAGGGACAGACAGGAGGGCUGCCUCCCUCCUUCAUAGCUCUCUCACUCCCCAGCCGCUGGCUAUUCAGAGGCUCUGCGAGAGGAGGGAGGAGGGGGAGAGGAGAAGGAGGGGGAGAGCAGGGGCGCCGGCGCUGAGAGUCUGGCUGCCUGUGGAGACUGUAAACCGUGGCUCUGCGGUCAGACCGGAGACUCAAACAGGCAGAUAAGGUGUUUUUGGACUGCCACACUCUCUCUCUUCUGCUCCCUGCUCUCAGACUCCCAGAGGCAGUUAAAGCCUGUCCGUGUGUGUGUGGUUGGGGGUUGUAACAGUGGUUUGAGACUGGAGCACAUUUGUGUGUUUGUGUGUGUGUGGAUAUCAGCAUGUGCACCUUUCGUGUGUGGUUUACUCGGUUCUGGAUGUUUGCUUGCAUGUGAAUCUGGAGCCCAGUCUGUUAGAGCAAGACUUUUUUUCCCCGAAACUGAUUAUGGGUGAAGAUUACUUUUGCAGUAUUACCAACAUAUUAUCACAUUAUUAGCAGAAAACACCACCCCAAAAUAGUAAACACUUCAUGAUUUUUGAUUAUAUUAGUUUGGUUAUACAAAAAUAAAAAAAAGAGGCAUCAUUUUCUUUUAAAACAUCCCACCGCUAAAGAAGAAUAUCAUUUUUCUGCCAUAACAAAAAGGCCUCUCAGGGUUAUUCAUAAAACACCUUUUCUACUCAUAGUCACCCAUUGUUGUCUUUCCAUGAUUGGUUGAUAUUAAAUGAAGAUCUACUCUUAAAAAACAUAGUGCCAAAGGACAGGUCUGUCUGAUGGAAAAGUUAAGCUCUGAAAUGAUUAUUAUUUCUAUUAUUAUCAUGUGGCUUUUUUUUCAUCAGUCACUCAUCACAGAUGUGAUCAGCUGAUCACUGUAGGCUGAGGAUGAUAUAAGUGUGUCACAUCCAAGAACAAUACUUCAACAAAUGGGCUUUUUGAAGACAAAGUAAAGCGCUGAAAAUCUUCCUAUUUACAGCUUUUUAUCAACCAAGGAUAGUGCUAUGGUUGGAGUUUGCUGAAAUAAAUCAAGUUAUGUGGUAAAGCUGAACUUUUUUUGGCUGAUUGUCCAGUUCACGCUAGGGUUCUUUGGCCACUUUCAUGACAAAGUAGCUGAGCUGACCCAGCACCCCGUGUGGCUAAUACAUAAGUAUCUCAUAAAAAAUAAAUUAAUUAAAAAAAAAAACACUCAGGAAAAAAAAAUGAAUAAAAUAAAAAACUCAGAUUGACAAGGAAAACAUUCAUCAUUUAUGGUUAGAGCUAAUGUUAUAUAUUUUUUCAUUAAAAGUUAGGAAUAAAAAGUCUUUAAAAAUAAAGUUCACCCUUUUGCUUUUAUCAGUAUGCUACACAUUCAUGUUUUCAUGCUGUUCUUUCUUUCUUUUGCCUUAUUCUCAUUUUACCAUUCUUAAUUACUCUCUUCCAGUGAAAAGUCAUAGAAAAUGACAAUCAGAGCAGUGGGGUAGCUGGUUGUGUACAUGUGCACAUGUUGCCAGUGAUGCUCCCUCCCCUUAGCGUGAGCAGAAGCGCCUCCAUCAGUCGCCAUCACCCCCCCACCUCCUCCUCCUUUCCCAGCUGCAUCGGCCUGUAAGCCAAUCAAUGGCAGGGCUUUCAGGGCCGGCGGAGGCCCCGGCACACGGAGGGGGGAUCAAUAAGUUAUUAGCACCAUUCUGUCAGCUGUAAUGUGGAGAUUGAUCGGGGGGCUGCGGCUGGCGGCCCACCCCACGUCCCCGCCUGUCACUCCCUCCCUUCUCCUCUCACAGCUUCCCCCUCCCCGGCCUGAUAAAGAUGACAGAUUAACGGAGUAAGAGAGGAAUUAAGGAGUCUGGCUGUCUGAGCUGUCACCACGCUCCAUGGGAUGGAGAGAGGAGAGGAAGAGGACUUAAGUUUGAGGGAGGAGAGGAAAUCAGAGAGUAGGGAGAAAUAGAGGGAUGCUCCCCUGCCUGAUGAUUUGCCCUGGUGGUGUCACAUGAAAGAGAAGUGGUUUAGGUCCUGUUGUUUCAUCUUUGUCUAUCUGUCCCUCUGUUUUUAUCCCUCUUUUCUCUCCACGGGAGGAACAUCAGAUAAGAGGGAGGUUAACUAGUGAGGGGGGCUAAGGCAGGGGCUAGCAUACUCUGUUUAGGUUGACAAAGCAAAGUUAUAGCCUGAGACUGUUUGCUGAUCAGUUUGGGUAAAAAAGAAAGGGCUUUAUUGUCGCAGAUUAAGUUUUUAAUAUCAAAUAUAGUUCUCUGCCAGGUAACAUCACAGCCCUGAUCUGGAGUUAAACUCUUAACUCCAUUACCCUUAAUUCUUCAGCAAUAUUAACAAGGAGGUGAUAGGGAACCUCCCAGGCUAGCAAACUUUAAUGUAAGCGGUGUUAGUGGGAGUAAAAGGGUUAGCAAUAGGCGCUAGCAGAUCUCAGGGCUGGGCAUUAAAAGGGAGCGCCGGUGCUCUAAGAAGCCCCAUUUAAUUGGCUUUAAAAGCUUUCCACCCUCAAAUCUCUGGCCCUCGGGCACUGGCUCAGGAGACGUGGUGUCUUGAGUGAGGUCGGCUCAAGAGACGACUCAAGUGUGUAUUUGAUCAUGAGAGGCUCUGGGUGUGGAUGUUAGCGUGUAUGUGUGUGUGUGUGUGUUUGUAGAGAGAGGGGCUUUAACUAAUGGGGGCUCUCUAUCUUUGUUGAUGUCUCACUAAUAGGAUAGAUGGAGACUUUUUUUUGAGGAGCCAGUGAAAGAAAUGUCUUGAACAUGAUUUAAAAAUGAGAGAGAAAUCAGAAUAAUGGAGAUGACAUCAAAAAAUCUUAUACAAGACAUUCAGCCUACAGUAUGUGUGUAUUUCUGUGCAUGCUCUUGUCCAUUAGUGCCCCUCCCCCCUUCUCUUCUUGUCUCUUUGGCUGGUAUUGGGAGUGGAUCUCCUCAGGACCUAAGAGACAACAUCAAACACUGGAUCAUUAGUGAACCUCCUUCCUCUCCCUCUUUCUCGUAUGCUCGACCUCUCAUCAACACCAGGGUCUUCUGCUGUAGCCCAACAAAAUCCUCAGAGUCCUGUCUAAAUCUCCGUCUGUCUCGUUCUCCUCGCUGUCUCUCUGUGUCUUGUAACAAGGAGGAAGGAACAUAAGUUUAGGUGAUAGGUUAAAGGUUAAAGGUCAGGCUCCACUCCAGUUCUUACUCCUUUUAUGAUGACUGUCCACUGGUUGCUAAGGUAACAACAAUAUCCGGAGUGUAUACAUGACAAAAAAUGUUGCUCGCUUGCAUACUGCCUUGAAAUUACGCCUUUCAUUUUUACCUCUGUUCAUCAUUUCACCACUCUGUUUACACAUGCUGCGCAAAUGAUGAAAAAAUUGCUUUGUUGAAAAAGAAAGAAAAAGAGAGAGAGAGAGGAACCAUUCUCCUUCAGGGAGGGAAAAACAACACCCCCCAUCCCUAAAAAUACGCACCGAGAAGUGAGAGAGGCAAAGCAAGAAAAAAAGAGAAAGAAGGGAAGCAGUUGCUGCUGUGGCUUGGCUGUCUGAGUGGAGGAAGAAGCCGAGUUACAGAAAAAGCAGAGGUGCAAGAGAUAGAAAUAGAGAGAGAAAGAAAGAAAGAGAGUGAGAGCGCAAUGACAAACGGCUUUUUCCUUCCUGCCGGCGCUGCGUGCGAUGUGCUCUGCAUCCCCUCCCUCCCUGAUUAGACCCGUAUUGAUUUGAGGUGUGUUGGGAGGGGGAGGAGGCGAGGGGAAUGGGCGGGAAGGAAGAGAGGGAUGAGACAGGAGGAGAGGAGGAGGAAGAGGCAGUAGGGGGUGCAGUAAUUGUACACUAGAUGCUCCUCUUUGGUGGCAGGGGAGGAAGAAGGGGAAGAACAGAGUGGAGGAGGAGGAGGAGGUGGUAGGGGAGGUGUUAAUGGAAGGAGAGAGAGAGAGAACUUCUGAUGGGGGGGGGGGGGGGUCACAAACACACCUUGAGGAGUGUAAAGGGAAGCAGAUGGAGACAGAGAUCCGAGGGCAGAUAUGUGUUUGAGGGGAGGACAGCAAGGAGAGAGGGGGAAGUGGAUGCUAUGGAGGUAAAAAUAAAGACGUGAUAUAGACAUAAUGCAGGAUGAGAGGAAUUUCUCGAGCAGCUGAGAAGUUCUCAUGCUCUUUGGUUCACUCAGAGGCUUUUGUUCCAACAUCUGGAAAAGAGAGCAAAGAAGAGAGGAGAGGGAGGAAGGACGGUGAUAACACUUGAGGACAGACAGUUGGACGGAGAAGAGGUUCAGAAAGAAACAGCUUUCCUCCCUAUCGCCAAUAGACAAACACACACACACACACACGCGCGCACACACACGCGCACACACACAUGUGAAUUAGCGGGGCAGAUCUAUCAUUCGGCAGUGCAGACCCUUUUAUGUCUGACAGAACAGGCACAUCUCCAGACGCCAGUGGCUCGCUUCACUCGCUCUGUUUCCUUCUUCUUCCCACUUUUUUUCUCUUUAGCCUUUUCCCCUUCUCUCUCCCGUCUGAGACUGAAUUUCUGAAACAGCCGCUGUGUUUACAGGUAGAAGUGGAGCACACGAUAUUUGGCUUCUGUUGUGGCCUUCUCUCUGACUACUCUUUCCUUCUUCUUGCGUUUUUACAGAUGACCUUCUAGGCAAGAGGAGAAGCUUCUCUCCAAACAGCAGCAGCGAGUGUCCUUCUGAUAGCAAGAAGUCACGCAGCGUAUCCCCCAAAGGUAAGGCUUCACAGUCUAUGUAGUGGUAUGUUACAGAUAUAGCAGGGGAGCAUUUUCACAGAAGAAAGGGGUAAAACUAUUUGGAAAAAAAUGACAGGUUUUUACUGUAAAAGGAAAGGAUGAAAGCUGCGGAGAAAAAACAGGGAGGAACAUUUAGCUAGCUGUUUAGCUGCUGCUUUUCAGUUUUUGUUAGGGUCAGUGUGAAACACACACAAGCACGCACACAAUGUUACAUACCUACAGAUAGGCAGAGUUUCACUUUUUCACACUGACACUGUGCCAUGCCAUGCUGAGCCAUUUUACUCUCUUGCAAACUUACAGUUGUGUCCAGAAGUCAGUAGGAGACACUGAAGGGUCAAUAAUCCUGUCUGUGAUUGGGUGAUCCGACUAGCUCUUUGUAGUCAGACAUUUUGCGAUAGCCCUUCACCCAAAGUUUGCCAUGGCUCUGUCUUUUUGCAUUGCUACAGAAUUCCACUGCAACACAGGCUCAAAAAGUAAACAAACAGCACCACUGUAGUAUACACCGACACAGCACUGUCUAUCUUUUUGCCCUUAUUUCCUUUACAUUGAUCCCUGGGCUAAUGACGUCACCCCUCAUGCCUUUCCCACAGAAACAUAACAAACUAAAAGGGUCUUAAACAGAAAAAAAAAAUCAAGCUACCAGUCAACACUAUAUUCACAGUGUAAACGUUACUCAUAGUUAAUACUAUAUGAUGUAUAAGAGUGUUGUAAUAUCUGAACAGCAUAUCUUAGAAAAAGGCCCGUGCAGGUAGAGUCAGUACUUAAUUGCAGCUGGUUCUUCAUCCACAUACCUGGUUGAUAACUUUCAUCUGCUCUAGAUAACACAAGAAAAACAUUAAUAAUGGACCUUGAGAAGUCACACCUUAGCAAGACAGUGCGCCUCCCCUGUGCCUCAAUCUGGUCACCAUCUUCUAUUAUUCAUAUCUACUUCAUGUGGCGUGAAACUGGGCGCUCGGUGUGGAGCCAGAGCAGCUACUGGGCCCAUCCCUCUGGGCUCCCGAGAAAGACUUCCUGACUGAUGCAUUAUACAGCAGGCAAAACCACAAAACCAAGGGCAGCUCACCACAUCUCUAAAAACACCUGGACAAAAUGCACACGCUACACAGGUACACACUCGAGAAGCACAAGCAAGCUAAGCAACAUCCACAGCACAUACAAAUGUGACACCACUAGCCAAUCUGAAUCCCAACUUUGAUGAAUUGUAGCAUGAGCCUAGUGCUGACCUUUGCCCUCUUUGUGACCCUUGACCCACAGCAGCCUAGAAAGGAGCCUCUCACUCUGCACUCAUCUCUGUCCAUUUAAGUCUUACUUAGACUCAACCCGCUUCUGAAAGAUGCAUGGGCUUUUGUGGCUGUGGGUUUUUGUGAGUGUUUGUGCGUGUGUACGUGUGUCUGUUUAUGGAUUAGGCUUUGCUGCCUUUUAAGGUAAAUUGGGCUGAUGUGUUUUUUUUUUGGACUCUGUGUUCUUGUGAUGUGUGGUUGGGUUUGCGGCUUUCAAAGCUAACGGCCCAUGUAUACACCUUGCAUGUACUUCUACUGUACUGUAUAUUUGCAUGAGAGAGACAGAUAAAGACAUUUGUGUGUGUCUGUGUGCCUGACUGUGUGUGCGUGCAUAUCUUCGUGCGGCCUGCUGUUCUGGGAAGUGCAUUUAAGCCAUUACUAAACACUACUGAUCCAGCGUCUUAACCUUGAGCUCUGUCUACACUAAAACCCUGACUCUGCUCUUUUAUGUGUGUUUCUAUACGUGUGUGACAUCUUGCCUCUGAUUCGGGUGGCAGGCACUGACUUUUAACGGCUAAUGCAGGUGAAGAAAUAGAUUGAGAGAGCUAGACAUUAAGCAUUGCAUUUGUCUCGAGCUCGAGAGAUUGGAUGCUGCUGUGCAAACGAUGUCUGUUUUUCUUCUGUUGCAUAGUCGGCACCCCCUGCUGUGUUUAGAGAGUGAGAAAACUUUAGACAGGCGCAGACGAGUUGCGUGCGCACACACACACACACACAUAUAUAUAUAUACACUUGAGGACCUUGGGUGGAUUAGCUGGAGCUUGGCGGUGGAGACAGAGAUGCUUGCUUCCUCCCCCACCAGCACCAGCAGCACCACCUCCGCUCCUCAGCGCCACUCCUGCUCGCCUGCCCGGGGCCAGGCUCAGGUUUCAAUGAGAAGGAGGGUGGUAAAAAUAACCCCUGCUUUCUUCUGCCUCUCCCUCCCUCCCUCCUCACCCUCUUUCUCUCUCCCUUAGCACCCCAACCACCUUCCCAUAUCCCCCCCACCGGCCUUACCUUAGAUCAUGUUACCAUUGACAGAGGGAGGGGGGGAGGUCAGAGGGAGAGAUUAAGUGUUGGGACUGACAGCUAGAUAGAUAUCAUACUGCACAUCAUCCUCAAAACACUCAAUACUGCAAAGACACAGGACAGCACCAAUACACGUACAAACACACAGAGAAGCUGGACUCUUAAAACAUUGUUUUGGUUUUAUGGGUUCAAAAUUACAUUACUGUAAAUCUCAAUUAUAAUCUUUACUCUGUGUUUGGACAUCGUGAGGUCAUGCGAGGGUCAGUUUCCGAUCAUCAGCUGCUCUGCUAAAAAAGGUCUCCCCCCCAUCAGUUCCUGCCCUUCUUAACAAACCAUCAGUGUACAAACAUGUUCCCUGUUGACCUGUGCAAAAAUAGUUUACAAAAUACCUAAAGUCAUUAAAGUCUUUCCAACUCUUUCUUACCAAACGCUAUGUACUUUGGUUGUACACGUUUGUUAUUUGUGAAAAAGAUUUUUGAAUCUAAAGAUAACACCUGUCAAUUAUCAAAAGCAAAACAAAAAACUCACAUAAAUGACUUUCAAGUGGACUUGACGAGUGAAGUAAAGAGGAAUGUUGUGAUCUGGUUCCUUAGCAGCACUGUCCAGAAAAAAAAACCCAGACUAAAGUAUUUGAUUUAGUUCUUAAAGUAUUCCUUUCAGGGAAAUUGGUAAAGUACUUUGCAGUGCUAGCUCCACAGCUGUGCUCUGUGGUAGCAAUGUCUUAAAUUUGAUUUGAGAUAUUGAAUUAAGAAAUUCAAAAAUGGGACCCUAUGCUGCUGUUUGAGGUGGCAUAUUUAAUUAGCUGCAAGAAUUUGCUGCAUUACAGUGAAUGGAAUAAGCAUGAGUAUAAUCUCAGAUAAAUCUAACAAAGAAAAAGUUCACUGAGUAAUAUUAAUAGGUAGUUUUACUGUUGCUUGACGAUUAUUUACUCCUAUUUAGUUGGACACUGACGAUGACUUUUUGCUUCCUGUUUUCUCUUCAGAGAAUUCCCAAAGCCCCGUGGUGGAGGCAGGCAGCAGCCACGGCCUCAUGAGCCCAGAAGAGCACUACAGGCGCAUGAUGUCAGCACUCAGCGAGCAAGGGUCUUAUGAGGAGCAGCAACAACGGCUUUACCAGCUGGCAAGCAGUAUGGGUCUCCCAGGCCACGGUCAGUCCACAGGCUCUGUAUUUGAAGACAUACACGUGUGUUUGUGUGUGGUCAUGAUCAGUCCUCACUGUCAACAUACUUACUCUUAAAGAUGCACAUUACUCUAAGUUUCCCACUUUUCUACAUCAAUAGCUUAGUGCACGUUUCAAUCCGGAAUAAGGUUUCCUUUUCUGCCAGUGUGAAACAACUGAUGAUAGAUCAAGAGUAACUUCUCCUCCAGUUUCUUUAUUUUGAAGGUACUUUUAAGUAAGUCUGAAGAAACUUUCGAUUCACUUUAAACACUAAAGAGUUUCUUUGUGAAGUACUUCACCAGCUCCUGUAGAAAAAAUCAGCUCUCCCAUCACCUGUCACCAUGUCAGUGAGAUGCAGAGCUACUUUGUAACCCUGGAGAGUGGUGCGGUGUUCAGGGUGCCAUGUUAAGGUGUGCCACACUGCUGCCAUUGUAAAACCCAGCCAUGGAGACAGCUGACAUUUCUAUUUGCGGUGCUUGCCCACCCGGUGUCAAAGUGUCACUCAGGGUGAUUUCUGACCACCACGGCUCACCGUUGUUAACAACACCCACAAGCCGUCGCAUGCAUCAACGCCACGAUUGAUCCGUGAGCUCUCAUUGGCUGCCUGCCAGCCCUCUAAAUCUCCGAACACCCUGGAAACCACUAGUGUGUCCCAGUUUUUCUCAAUUUCUAUAGACUCAUAAAACUCCCCGCUUUUAGCUUAAGAGAAUUGUAGUGUGAUAAGCAAAAGAGAAAAUGGGAGAAGUUGCAUGGCUUAAAUUUUAUAGGUUGGCUUGAUCAUCAUUUUGCUGUGCCUGCCUUUAAACAUUCCUCUUUUUUCUCUCAUUUUGUUACAUAUGUAACAUUUAGUCCUUUAAGUCUUUAUGAGAUCUUUUGCAGUGGCAUAAAUCCAAUCGAUGCCUCAGCCAGAUUGUAGUUGAGCUCUUUUAUUUUAUUUGAUUAGUAAUGAUUUUUAAUUGCUGGCUGCAAAUCUGGGGGCCAAGCCUAUAAAUGCUUUAAUUGCCUUUUCCCUGUGUCUUAGAGAAGUUUGAAGUAAAAGGCAGUGCAUUGUGGGGGUUUUAUUGCCCAGGGUGAAGUCUGAUCAUUGGCUUCCUCUCCCAGAAGCCUUGCUAGACUGAGGCACACACUCCAGUGCAAUACAGACAUACUCUCUCUCCCGUCCUGUAGUUCUACAGUCCAAAUAAUUUGAUUGGUUCACAAUAACCAUUAUUCUGCACAUGUGUUUUCUUCUGAGAGAAGAGGAAGUGGAAGGAGUAGAGAGAAACUAGGUGGGACUCAUGACGGAGCAACAUAACAGAAAGAAAUGAGAAAAAAAAAAACAUACACCAAAGUCAUCAAUUUAGUUAUGAUGGUUCAAUCACACCUGAAUACAACUUCUAUUUACAACACAACUUUUCCUCAUAGUGACCCAUGUUUACAUCCAGUGCUGUGCAUGUCGCUCUUAGCGGCCGAUGGACCAUGAGCCUUAGAGGAUUUAUAAACACCCCUAAAUAGCCAAGACUACAGUUUUGUUAGUGUUCCCCGUACCUCCCUCUGUCCGCUGACUGAUCCAAACUUCAGUAGGAAAAAUCUAAUAAACUCUGAAUUCACAGCCACCUUUCUAUGUGGCAGUUGGAGCUUGUUAAGAAACAGACACUCUCGGACACUAACAAUCAGGUAGGAGGGACAGAGGGACGGCUGUUUUGGUCUGUUGAGAGGCUGAUGUGAAUUGCUCCUUGAUACUGACCUGGUCUCGGGUGGGGCCCCCUCUUUCUGGGCUGCCCCAACUGCCACCACCAUCUCUUCAGUACAUCUCCAUCUCAAGCACCGCUUUUAUACCCUCCUCCCCCUCCUCAGCACCUCCUGUUCCAUACCCCCACCUCCAACUUUCCCUUUAGCCUUGGUCCCCGCAGAGCAUCCUUUCAUGUGUUUGAAGUGUCGGGCACAGAAAAUUAAAGUGUGUGUGAAAGAGGCAGGGGUGAAGAAAAACUCUACUUCUGUGUGGAUGUGUGUACGAAUGUGUAGGUGCAAGGUGUUGUUUGAGAGGUUCUCUCUGGACCUGAUGGGCAAAGAAAGGGUAGGGAAGCUGAGAGUUGGGGGAUGUAGAAAUGGCCAGGAGGGCUUUCCCUUCCUCUUCAUAUGAUGAAAGCAGAGUAGGGGGGAGAAGGAGGGAAAAAAAGAGGUGGGGGUAGAGAUCCAGAUGAAAGUGGAGGGAGGGGCUGAUGGCAGGGAUAUGCCUCUGUUUUGUCUUCUUCACUUUAGUCUAAAAUGAAACAUAAAGCUGUACACAACAUCUCCUCUUCAUCAUCAUUAUCUAAGAGUCAAAUGAUUGGUUAAGGCACAGACAGUCAAAGUCGGCCUGCACAACAAGCUGCCACACAUGUACAGCUUACCCAGUCUGUGAUUUUGGCUGAAUACUGCUUCCUAAAAAGAUACUUAAUUUUCUGGUGUAUGGUGCGCUUUAGAGGAUGGAUGCUGUCUUUGGUGAACCUGCCAAUCCACCAAAUCCAUCACGAAGCCAGCCAAGCUGUAUCAGAGCGGCACUUCUAUGCGUUCUUGCACUGAGAAAACCCAGCUUAACCGAGGGGAUUUGGGCUCAACUCCAGGAAUGAUGGCGACAAGAGAAAUGGGGUGGUACAAUGGAGGGAUAAACGGGAUGGUCCAGGCAGUAAACUGGGACCUCCCAAAAUAACUCAUGCAAACCAAGAGAUGUGUGUGUGUGUAUGUCUGUUUGUGUGUAUGUGUCCUCAAUUAGGCCUCUAAUUUGCAGUUGGAGGGACUCUCCCCUUGUGUGGAGCAGCUGCAACACAAAGAGUUUUUGGAGGGGAAAUCCUGCAUCUGAGCACCCUACUCUGCACACACACACACACACACACACACACACACACACACACACACACACACACACACACACACACACACACACACUGAAGGGCAGAGCCCCAGGUGACCCUGCUCUUCUCAGUUCACAUGAAAGAGAAUUGGAGAUUGAGUGUGGGGGUUGGGGAUAUGGACUUAGCAAUGGAUUGAAGCUUCCAAAAUGUACUGGGAACAAAAAAAGAGAAGUAUGAAAACUAAAUAAAUGUCAUGUAUAUAUGGUUUUAACUCAACCUGUCAAGAUUAGGGUCCAUCAAAGUCAAAUCUUCUAGUAUAUGUUAAAAUAAAAUAAAAACUUUUCAAAUGUUCCAUCAUCUCUGUAAAGUCGUGAAAUGUAAUUCAUCUUUGGUCUGACGGUUGUAGGUGAUGGGUUUGGCCCGUAAGCUUGAUUUGUCCUGGCCGUGGCCAUUGUUAGAGUGUGUUAGAGUCCUGAAAGGACAUUCAGAAGCCAGGAAAAACUCUAAGUCUAGUGAAGAAGCUGUUGAAGUGCAUUUUAGGAAGUGUAGUUUCCAGUGAUUAGUGGGGUUAGACCUUUUAAGGUAUUCAUCCUAAACGGCCAGGGUACCCUCUUUGUUUGAUGUUGUCUCUGCAGAAGAGUGAGGACAUCAGGGCCUCUGAAUUAAGUCAUCCUUUUGAACCUUCUCCAAAACUUUAGAGAAGUCUGAGAGGAAGUCGCUGGACUUUCCCUUUGUGCCGCUCUGUUAUUACAAAUAUUGGAUUGCGACCCCAUGAAACUCUCAGAGGUCAACUCUUUCACCCCACUACCUCUACGACAUAUAUGCAAGUGCACAACAGACUCUGUGUGUGUAUGCUCUAGGGCCCCAGUUCCCCCCAAUCCCUCCCUUAUCUCUCCCAACCCCUCUCCCUCCCCCCACCCCACCCACACAUACACACAUGCACACACACACACCCUUGUCUGCCGCCAGCCGAGUCCCCUGCGGCCUGGCGCAGCAAACAGAUCGAUACACCGGAGCUAGGCCGCAUUAAUAUCUGUCGCUUCACCCCCCACCUCCAAGCCCGGCGCCUACUCAACUGCUUUAGCGCACACGCACACACGCGCACACACACACAAUGUAGGAACACACUGUGAGGCACACACAUACAAGCACCUAAAUCACGCAGACACACACAAACACACGUCACACCCGUACCGGCGGCGGAAAUGGCCCCUAGCUCCCGUGGGAUCUGUCUAAUUAAAAAAGAGGGGGAGGGUGGGAGGGAGGCGAGGGAAGAGCGGAGAGAGAGAGGAUAGAUAGAUCUAGGCUGAGAGAGAGGGAGGAAAGCGCCAGAGAGAGAGAAAGAGAGAGAGAGAGGGGGAGAGGGAGUGCAGGAUGGAUUUUUCUCUCAUUAGAAGCCAUGUCUCCUGGUGUGGCCUGGCCUGGCUGAUAAUGAUGAGGCCUCUUCUCCUUCGAGGGUGAGCGAGAACCAGGGUUGCUCGAAGAGAGGGAAAGGGAGGGGAUGAGAGGGGAGGAAGGGGAAUGAGGCGAGCAGUAGAGGGCAGGAGGUGGAGAGAGAGGGCAAGGAAGAGUUAGAGGGAGAAGGUGAUGUGUAGGUGAGGGUAAAAACAUUCUGCACCUGAGAUGUGAAUGAGUGUGUGCUCUCUCCUAUAAAAACACAGAUCAUUGUUGGUUAAGAAAACCACACAGCAUCUCUUUUUAUCUUCCAGGUGCCACAUCCUUCAGAUCUAACCAGCUUAUAAUCGUAGCAUGAAAGAUGGAUUUUGCACCUCUUCAGAAAUGCCUGUUGUUGUGAUCCUUGCUUAUUGUGUGUCUGUCAAUGCACACAAGGAUAAAACACGGGGAUUACAAAAUGCAUAUCACUCAUUUAUAGUAUAAAUGUGAAUGAAUUUGUCAACUCUGCAUGAGAAUGAAAAACUUUGAAAACUCAUUUUGCUGCUUUGAAAACUUGAAAUGUUAAUGCUCACGGCUAAUGUAUAACACACUUAACAUAAGCCAGCGACUAUAAGCUGUGAAAAUGUGAAGUCAGUGGUACUCUGUGGAAAAAAAAAAAAAAAAACAAACUAUUUAAAGCUGCAUUUCUGUUGACACUCGUGAGGAUUUUUUAGUUGGUUAUAAAACAGACUAGAAGUCAUACUCCCAGACUUCUACUAGAUAUUUCCAUAUGGCCUACUAUAACAAACAAGGCCAUCAGCAAGAUGAUUGAUUAUUUCUAUAUAGUCUUAAACUGCUUUUAUCACUUCUGUUCUGUUCUGGUGCUAGGCAACAUGCAGACUGGAAGUGCCUUUGUUUACAAUUUUCAUAGCAAAGAUUAAUAGUGGGAUUUCUUUAACUAUUGAAAAAUCCUAUAGGAUAAUUCUUGUUUUUUGAGAAAACACUGCUGAUCAGAUAAAAAUAUGUCUUUUUCAUCAUUUUUCUUCUACUUUGAAUCCCUUGUGAUGGUUUUCAUGUCAACACACUCUUCUCAUUUUUCUUGCCUCUCUUUCCUUUCCCUUCCCCUCUUCUUCAGACAUGCUGCGUGCUCGACAGGAAGUGUUGGCUGCAGCAGUGAGGAAUCCAGCCACCUUAGAAGCUCAUCUGCCCUCCGCGGGUAGCUCCUCUUCAUCCAGUCAGAGACGCAAGCAGGGUUUGCCGCAACACCGGGAUGCACAUUAUACUGACAGGUAAGAAACAAGAGCAGACACACAGUCUUCUGCAAUUCCAAUCUCUGCAUCAGCCAAACUAAAGAGCCCAUUGUUACAAAUAAGACUGUAGCCCAGGAUAAUACUGAUGUUGUUCAUCAAUAAUGAAGCCCAACACUCACAUCCAUAAAAACAAACACACACAUGCAAACUGCAUUAACAGUAUGUGUGCACAUGUAAAUGUGGUAAUCACACAGGAACAAAAACCAAAUCUGCCUGUAGGUGAGAGAGUUGAAGGAGUUAAUCACCUGCCAGCUUCCAUCACAACACUGCUGUAUUUUUCUUUCCAUACUUCUACCAGUUCUUGGCUCCCUUUACAAGAUCUGAUCUCACGUUUGGCAUCUAUAGUGUGCCGCAGUGCAUGUUUGUACAUGUGUAUGCAUGUGCAUCUCCACAUACAUGGCUGAACUGACGAUCCAAUAACCUCUUGGCUACAACUGUGGAGCUGCACGCCUGCAUCCCUGGCUUCUCCUCCCUCCUCUCCCCCCCAGCGCUGGCCCCUGCGCCUCCCAAACAAAGCCGGGGGCAGCGGGAGUGGGCGGGUAAUUGCUUGUCGAUUAUUUAUGUGGCGCGGAGAGAGGCGGGGGAUCGAUAAUGGGCCGGCGGUGCGGCAGCAGGGGGGAGGAUGUGUGUGUGUGAGUGUGAGUGUGUAUGAGGCAGAGAAGAGGGUGGUGGGGAUAUGAGCAGGAAGCUGAGCGGCCAGGCGCUGUGUGGUGCAGCUCUGGGAGGCUGUGGGGGUGUAUUUAUUGUGUUUGUGUGUGUGUGUGUGUGCUGUGCUGAGGCGGGGAGGGGGGGUGAUUGUACGUGUGCGUGUGUUUGUUUGUUCCAUUUUUCAAGCUGGCUGUCUGCGUGUGUGCUCAUUUAUGUGGAUUGAAUUUGGGUUUGUUUGUGUGAAUAUGUCUGAUAAUUUGUGUGUGUGUGUGUUGUUGUGCAUGCAUCUGUGUGUGUAUGUGUGAGUGCGUGCUUGUGAGAGGCCAGUAGUGCAGCAUGAAUGUAGUCAGUGAGCCGGGGCUGUUCUCCGACAGCACACAGAGUAAUUAGCCACACAGGACUGGGGAGAGUUAACUAGGCCUCAUCCUCCCUCCCUCCCUCCCUCCAUCCAUCUAUCUCUCCCUCUAUCCUCCUCUGCCUUGUCUUUAACCCUUUUACCCUAAAUCUGUUUUUUAAUUUGAGAGCAUAAAAAGAUAAAUUAAUAGGGAAUUAUGUUGAGAACCUUUUUUAUUACUUAAGCCAGCGCCCAAACAAGAAAAUGAGAUAGAAACAAAAAACAUCCAAAUCUAAGAUGCACUUAAAGACUAAAAGUAUGUCGACACUCUAUCCAAGGCUGCUUUCUACUUUGGGCUUGACCCUUUGAUACAAGAAAGCUUUACGGUAUAGAGGUGAGGUGUUUUUAGACAUUAUUAAAGUGCUUCCAACUUUGUGGUAACAGUUUAAGGAAUAAUCCUUGUUCUAGUGCAGUCUAAACUCCCUAUCCAGGGUCAGUUAUAACAUAGAGAUCUUUGUUUGGUGACAAAAACUUGACUGCUAAGAGUUCUGAGAUUAUGCCAGACUCCACAAUGUCAUUUCUCCUAAGUCUGAAAUAAUGCUACAGUGUUUUUUAUUUUGGCGGUGGAAGAGUGGAGGCAGUUUUAUUAAAUCUAUGUAUGUAUCUACAUGUUUGUGUUAUGUCCACAUACAUUUAGUUUUGGGUAGUAUAUGCAUAUCCCCACCAACAAAGUGAACAGAACCAGACAAAUAAAGAAAAGGAGAAAAUCGUGAGAGCUGAGAGGAGAAUAAAGUCAAGAGAAAAUUAAAAUUGGUAUAAUUUAGGAGAAAGUGAAAAACACACAGGCUCAGGAUGUGCACAAGUGAGUGAAGCCCUUCCACUCUCUCUCUCUCUCUCUGACUCUCUGUGGCUCACCUUUCCAUCGACCCCUCAUCAUUGAUUAUCUGGGGCCCAUUAGGGCCCAUUGUUAAAAACAAAUCAUUAGGGCCGCUCGAUGGGCUUAGAGCCUGGCGCUCCAUUUGUCUGGCCUUAAAUGGCACUAAGCUCACCAAGCAUCUGCAAGGCAAAUAGGGGGGGACAGGGAAAAGCAAAACGAGGGAAAGAGGAAAAAGUAAAACAUGGACGCUUUAAAUGAGGAUGAAAAGAGGGAGGAAAAUAGAAGAGGAGAGGAGAUGGAGAAAGGAUGGAGUGACUGAGAGGGAGAGAUGAACCAAAAUAGGGAGUGAGGAGAUCGAGAGAGUGUGAGAUAAGGAAAGGGAGGAAGAGAGCGAGAGAGAGAGUAAGCGUGGAGGGAGCCUCAUCCAUUUUAAUGAGCUUCCUGUGUAAAUGUGUUCCUGCGGAGAAGGAGCCGAGGGCGGCCGCGCGGCGCUCCUAAUCCCCCCACGCUCCCGUCAUUAAGGGCAGCCCUGUCACACACAUACACAUCCGUGCGCGCACACACACGCUUAAACCCGGGCCCCGUACACACACACACACACACACACACACACACACACACACACACACACACACACACACACACACACACACACAGCCAAGGCUGCAGCGGGACGGGACCGCUGUCGCCACUCUGACAGGUCGUCACACACCAGUGAAUUCCCCAGGAGCCCCUGGCCUUACUGCAGGCAGAGAGAGAGAGAGAGAGAGAGAGAGAGAGAGAGAGAGAGAGAGAGAGAGAGAGAGAGAGAGAGAGAGAGAGAGUUUUGAGAUUAUGAACCCACCUUGCAUUUGCGAAUCUGCCUAUUUUGAAUCUCGUGCAAAAACAAGGUGGAUGUUUUGCCUCUUCUUUUUAUAGCAUGUUAGCGGUUUGCCUACAAAAUGCACAGAUACAGCAGAGAGAAAACCACACACACACACACACACACACACACACACACACAGCCCCAAAGCACAACGACUAAUGUCUGCCACUCCUCCCUUAAAAUUGCCUCCUGUAAAAAGGGGGAGAGAUGAAGGAAGGGAGUGAAGGGGAGUGUCAGACGCACUCUUUCUCUCCUUCCCUGUCUCUCCCUCUCUCUGCCUCCCUCCUUCCCUCCCUCCCUCCCCGUGAUUAGGCCUAAUUAUGGUGGUGCAGACGCCUGGCAGCCCCAGUCAUGCAGCUUUAAUUGACCGUUAUUCAUCUGCGGGCUAACGGUAGGCAAGGGUAGGCGGUGCAAUGAGAGGGAAGAAAGAGAGAGACUAUCAGAAAGGGGGUGGGGAGAGGGGUGACGAGAGUUUGGCAUGCGGGAGCCGUGGCGGGGGCGGUUGGAAGUUUUGCGGGCGCCUUAGCGUAGCCUAGUGGAACUGCGCGUCGCGAGGCUAAUUGCUAGCCCCGAGGGAUUAGGCCAGGUGAUUACACACUGGGCGGUGUAAUUACAUAAGCAGCGGCUAGCGGGGCCCGGGCUCGCGGCUCCAGGGUCACGCGCCGCAGCCCUCACCCAAGAUUAAUUGGAGCUGCCACUGGAGUGCGAGGCACCGCCGGAGAGAGCGGUUAUACGAUUAGCAUUAACAUUUCAGCGGCGGAGGCGAUCGAUGAAUGGUUUCACCCCCUCUCCAACCACCACCCUCACAGAGCUGACUCAACCCCCCCUUCUCAUCCAGAGCUCCUGUACGAGUGCUUUCCGUCUUUGCAGCUUCUCCCUCAACAUUUAGUGAGGCAGGAGACUUGCAGGCGCUAGCUAAUUUGAACACGUUUGCAAAACAAUAUUUGCGGUUGCAUGCGUCCCAGUGUUGGUUUAGAUUUUGUUGUUUUCCUUAUCCUGUUUCCCAUGUUUGCUUUAGUGCAGCGGCAGUCACACACAGCUGAGCUCUGACUGGUGUGAUAGCAGGAGCUCAGGAAAAGGAAGAGAGGAGGUGAGGGUAGGAGGCAGAGAAGUGAGCUCAGGAAAGGCCCUGAAACAGCUGUGCAUGAGACACCACGUGGGUGUCCAUUUCUCCUUACUGCUUUAAUUUUGUAUUCAUGUAGAUGAACACAAAAAUGUGAGAAAAUAAAGAGAAAGACAGGGAGAUGAGAUUAGACAAUAUACUGUAUAUGAGAGAAACAGGGAUAGUAAGUGAGAAUUACAAAGAGAAAACUCUAGUGGUAGGAAUGAGGCAGAGUGAUGAAGAGGACAGAAAAAAAAAACUGAGGCGAAUGAGAUGUGAAGAAAAGGAAGAGACUGAACAAGACACUAUCAGAGGUCAAAGAAAAAUAGAAGGACAGAACCAGUGGAAAAAACGGAUAAGACAGAACCUGAGACGAAGAGAGAAGGGGGAGAAAGGUGAGAGGCGCCUUUCCCCCUCAAGGAGGACAAAAGACGAAGCCAAUAAUGGAGAGGCCUUUUCAGAGGCAGAGGUUGCAGGACGCUCCAUCUUUUCACUGCUUUCAAUGCAACCUGAAGAGGGAGAGGGAGAGAGGGAGGGAAACAGAGAGAGGGGCGUAUAAAAAGAGAGAGAAGAGAGGAGGGAUGAGUGUUAAUUAGAAGGUCCUUCAGCCCGUGGUCCCGGUCAAGACGCAGGGGCCGCCCCAGCUGUCGGAGCAUGACACACUGGCAUUGUGCAUUCAGUCCUCAUUAUGUGCGUGGACCUCAAGUUGAGUGUGUGUGUGUGUGUGUGUGUGUGUGUGUGUGUGUGUGGGGGGGGGGGGGGGGGAAAGGCUGCAGUCCAGGGUACAGCAAUGGCCAGCGGCGCUUGCUGCGGCGUGACAAGACUGAUGAGGCACUGGGGCGACACAGGGGCCUCUGGAGCUCCACCGAUAAAAAUACACGGCAUCAUUGAUGUGGCACUAAACGCGCACACACACAUAGAAAGCCUUGAGAUGUCUGAGGAGUGCAGGAAAAGAAAGAGCCUAAAAAAUUCUUUUUGAACAGAUUCAUGAUUUUUAAUCAUGGCUCUCAAAGUAUGAUUUUGUAGAAUUGAAUUCAUUUUUAGAGCAUUUGGUGAGAUCUAAGUUAAUCCUAUGUUGUUUGUAAAUGUUUGUGUCCAUAGGGAACUGUCCCACCCUCCACCUCUACUGUCACCUCCAACCGCUCCUCACAUUGCCUUAGGACCCCACCUGCGGCCGCCUUUCCUGAGUAUGCCCUCAGCCCUCUGUCAGGCCCCUGGUGAGUCAUCAAUGAUACCUUGGCAAAAUGACUGAUAAUGAAAACAAAUCCAUGUAUCCAUGUAAAAAUAUUAUUUUGUUCUGACGUGAUUGCAACUUUGAGUAAGAAGUGGAGAUUCAAAUAUUUAUCAUAAAAACUUAAAAAAAAACCUCUGUCCUUGUGUUUCAGGUUAUGGUUUCCUCCAACCAGCUCAAGCUGAGAUCUUUGCUCGCCAGCAAGAGAUGUCAAGAAAGCAGAACCUGGCCAGGUGUGUGUGUGUGCUGUGUAUUCACAGUAUGUUGUAGUAUAAGAAUUGUUCAAGCCUUUGCCCAGCAUUGAAACAUUAGUAGCAUGAGGGCACGCCUUUGAAUCAAGUGAGCUUGGACUUCGACUUAAGCCCCGUUCACACAUGUACUGCACUCCCAAAGUGUCAGCAUAUCACCUGUACAACAUCUGUUUAAUGUCAGAGAUCUGAGGUGUGAAUGCAGCAGAUAAAUACAUCAGACAUUAUAAUGAGCAGUCGAUAACAAUGUUUUUGUUGCAAAGCUUUUGACUACUUCAUGUAUAAUUCUCCUGGCUAGAAAUAUAAAAACUAAACUUUAUCACUGGAAAUGACACACUACUGGCUUUACCAACAGAGGCUGAGGGGAAAACAAAAACAAAGAAGAGGACAGAAAGCUAAUUAGAACUUGUGAAUGAACUUGAAUAGGAUUGUAAACUAGUACACUGUGACAACUGCAGGGUCUCUUUGAUAUCAUGAUCAGCCUCAUAAGCCCACCCUGUUCAAAGGUGGGGCUUAAAGCCGUGAGGGUCUAUGUGUGAACAGCACAGUCAGUUAAAGUUUCCUCUAAAAUUUUCCAGUAGUUUUCCAGUGUGAAUGCUAGAAAACAGCUUUACAGUAUAACUUUGUGUUGAAUGGGCGAAAAAGCAGGCCUGGACAAUGACAGUGUGGUGGAUAUUUGUGAAAACAGCAUUAUAUUUUUAAUCCACACUCAUUUAAGCAGUGUUGUAAAUGUGAAAUAUUUGACUUGUUUAUCAAAGAGCCUGUGUGUCCCUCUGUUCAGACUUGAGAUGUCAGCAGAGCUUCUGAGACAGAAGGAGUUGGAAAACCUCCACCAGCGACAGCAGCAGCGUCUUCUGGGCUCCGACCCUCUGGGAGCUCUUCCCCCAGGCCUUCCCCACGACCAUCCAGCCCUGCGGAGCCUUCACGACAUCCCAGAGGGUCAUCAGCUUCGUGAAGAACUGGCACGCCGCUCAAAUGCGAUGCUGGUGCUUCGCCAUGGAGCUGCCGCACCCUUUCUAACCCUCAACCAGCAGCAACCAGGAGCGUCGUCUACACCCAAAGACACCCAGGCACAGAGCUCCAUGGCUGCUCAAGAUGCUGAGUCCAGAAAAGCCCCUCACAGGGGAACUAAAAUGCAGCUACAUGUGCGGGAUCAUAGAGGAGGAAAAGAGGACAGAGGAGACAGAGAGAUCCAGGAUGAGGAGAUGAAGGACUCAGACAGUGACCCAGAGCUGUAUGAGGAGAGGCAGGAGAGGGUCAGUGCCACAUCCAGCAGUAAACCCAGGGACAGAGAGGGGGGUAAGGAGACUGGCAGCAAAGGAGUGUACGAUGGUGCCAAGGAGGGUGGAGAGGGCUCAGGAAGGCUUAGUGCCCCCUGUAGCUCAGCAGGCACUGAGUCACCCAGUCACCACCUUUUCACUGCUGGACUGGGCAAAACUGAUGUGAAGUACCACCUGCCGCCCGGAUUCAUGCCACCGCUGCCUGCUCUGCAUGCCCAGUCGCUGCCCUUUGGAUUUCCCUACGCCAACCCUUACUUCCACACUGGUGAGACACAGACACACACUUGCUCUCUCACAUCUACACACACGGCUGUAAGCCGACAUGUGAAACCCAUUAGCGUCACUCUCUGUGUGCAUGUCUCCAGUGUGGAGACCUCUCCCUGUUAGGGGCCCUGCCUCUGACCCCAGUGUGACCCUCACACUCACCACAGAGCAGCGCUGCCACGUGGGCAAGAGGAGGGAGGAGGGGGUUGUUUGUUCACAUACGCACACGCAACACACCCACGAAUGUAACGACACAGCUGCAAUCACACAACUCGUACUUUGAGCAAACAAAGAAAACGUCCAUAAAGGAAGUUGAACAUUCUCGAUGUUGACAGGAGAAUAUAUUCUGGUCGCAAGAAGUCAAACUAUUUGAUUUGUCCACAAGUUAUACGCAGAAGCUUUUUCCUCCAACUUCAAUAACCAACCAAUAUCUUUUUUUUUUUUUAAAGCUUUACACCAUUUCCUGUUUUGAACAUAUUUGGAUAUUUUUUUUCUGAGAUGCAGCUUAGUGUGUGUGUGUGUUUUUCAAUUUAAUGAUUCAGGAUAUGUAGGUCUUUACAACAAGAGAGAACAGCAUGCUCCAGAGUCUAAAUAGCAACUUUUUUUUUUACCCAGUGUUUAUAUUGACACAUCAUUUUCACCCACUGCUGCUCUCUCAGGCUCUAUGGGAGGUCUUUUCAUGGAUGGGGAGGACUCAGCCACAGCAAACUCUGUGGAGGACAUCAGCAAGUGGAGUGUGGAGGACGUGUGUGGCUUCAUAAGCAGCCUGGCCGGAUGUGCUGAAUACACACAGGUGAGGAUAUGGGAGAGUAAAGAGAGAGAGAGAGAGAGAGGAGGGGAUGAGGCCAGGUGCAGGCUGACUACUGACCAAAGAAGAAUAGUGUCACAGAAAGAGUACAUACUGAAUAACUACUGUAGUAUUGUCAUUGGCCCCCAUGUUUUAAGGUAGAUGGAGUUAAAACUGGACAGUAGUGUUAAGCUGGAGUGGAUGCAUGAACGUUCAUGUUCACAAGUGCUGCCAUAUGUGGGAUUGGUGUGAAUGGCAUUUGUAUUAGCAGUGCAUGUUUUCAUCAUCUUUAGCCUGAGUGGAUGAAGUUUGUAUUUGUACUUCAAGCUUUACUCCAACGUGAAGUAUCUAGAAUAGAAAAAAGUAGUCAAAUAAAAGAAAGCAAAAAAGUCUCUUCAAAGUAAAAUAUGUAUUUUUCACCACAAUUUCUUAACAAUACUGACAAUGAGAGUCAGUUACUGCAGUCAAUCUGGCUCCCCUUAAUGUGGCUGCAGUGUAAGGGAUCAUGAGGGAGACAAAAUCCAAUUCUUGUUCCAUGCAAAAUGGAUUAGUAAAGUUCAAGUGAAGCUAAUAUGAGGCUUAAACUGUCUGAGUCAGCCAAAUCGAGUGAGUAUAUUCUUAAAUACUCAUUCUUAGUGGCAAUUUUCCUCUUAUUAGCUUCAGAUGAACUUCAGAAAUUGUUUUUGCUUUAAAGGAGGCUGUGGAAUUUGCACCUCUCAUCUUAUAUUUUGGAGUUAGGCUUGGACUUUACAGCCAGUUUGGACAGGAAGAUUCUGGCAACUGAUAAGACUCUCAAUGCACAUAUGGUAUGAGCAGAAUAUGCCUCUUUAAUGGGUAUUAAGGAUCUGGAGUAGAGCCACUGUAUUGUAGCUUGUGUGAGUGAAUGUGUGUAUGUGUGUUGGUGUGCCUCUGUGUGUGUAUAUGUCGGGGCUGUGGCUGAAGCGGCUGUGUCUUCGCCAGGUGUUUCGGGAGCAGGCCAUUGAUGGAGAGACAUUACCGCUGCUCACUGAGGAGCACCUGCUCAACACCAUGGGACUAAAGCUGGGGCCUGCACUCAAGAUCCGCUCACAGGUACACACCCCACAGACCUGCUUGUGUGUUUGUGUGUGAUCGAAUGGACUUGCGUGUAUUUGGAUGAGUGGUUUUUGUUUGUAGGCCUCAGACAAACUGUUAGUAUAGCACAACCUAGCAUAGCCUAGUUGAUUCCUUAAAGUAGCCAGCCCCACAGAUGGCAGCCUCUCUUCUCUCUCUGUUUGAAACUCAGUACUCAGCAUUAGUUCAUCAUUCAGUCUUCAGUGAGCUGUGCUGACAGUCACAUGAUCUCUUCUUGUCUCCUCAGGUGGCGCGACGUGUUGGCAGGCUUUUCUACAUGACUGGCUUCCCGCUGGCCUUCCCGUUUCCGCCUUCUGCUGCAUUGCGCCCCCCAGAACGGGAUAGGGACCCCCUGACUGCACCAUCUGACACCCCUUUGCCCCUCUCCCUGUCCCUGCCCCACAGACCCACCUCCACCAGCAGCAGCUCCUCUCCGUACAGUGGGCCCACCCCAGGGUGCUCCUCCCCUAAGCAGGAAAAUGGGAAUGGCUCCUCAGUGGUGGGAAGAUAUGAAGCUAAAACGCCUUCAUAG